ACAAAACCCAAUAGCAGUCAGAUGGUAGCCUUCAUUAUUCGAAGUUCCCUACGUACACUCUGACCCAAUGCCAUUUGCAGUGUGGCACCGAUAACUGCUGCAGCAGUACAAGGCAAUUCCUUGGAUUAAUCACUGCGCUACGAAGGCACAAAGGUAAGAGAUUUGGUGUUUCAUGCUAUUUGCAAAAAGAGAAACAGAUGUAUGGACAAGGUUUUUGCCUAGAGAAUUCUACUGUAUGACUCUGUAUGAGAUUUUCUCAUUUUUGUUGCGGCUGGGUAGCAUAGCUGUCAACUUUCCCCUUUUUUAAAGGGAAAUUCCCUUAUUCCGAAUAGGAUUCCUCGCAAGAAAAGGGAAAAGUUGACAGCUAUGUUGGGUAGUGCAAGACCAGCAGGAUGUACCCAACUCAUCGAGACUUUACUCCAGCUCUCAUAGGCUGCCUCUGUGAUCAUCGCCAUACACACCUGUGACAGCCCAUUCAAAGAAGAAAUCUUUGGUAGACCCCCUACUCUGGAUACUUCCUGGGACGAAAAAAGCAUCCAAAGUAGGGGUCUACCCAAGCUUUUCUGCUGCCCCUGUUACAUAAGAGUGUGAGGGUUCUCAAUCUUUUAAUGCAAAUGAUAUAGGGCAGAAAUCAGGAACCUGUGAUCUUCCAAAUAUUGUUGGAUUCCAUCUCUCAUCAGCUCCAGCCGGCACAGCUGAUGGUCAGGAAUGAUGGGAGAUGGAGUCCAACAACAGCUGGAGGACCACAGGUUCCCCAUCCCUGAUACAGUGGUGCCUUGGGUUACAGACGCUUCAGGUUACAGGCUCCGCUAACCCAGAAAUAGUACCUCAGGUUAAGAACUUUGCUUCAGGAUGAGAACAGAAAUCGUGCAGCAGUGGGAGGCCCCAUUAGCUAAAGUGGUGCUUCAGGUUAAGAACAGUUUCAGGUUAAGAACGGACCUCCGGAACGAAUUAAGUACUUAAGCGGAGGUACUACUGUACAGGGAUACCGAGCUAUAUUUGUGACGAUGCAGCCAGGAUACACAAAGAAGGUGUCAUACAUAUCAGGUUUCAUCUGUAAGCAGGGUGCCAGCAUGAAUAAAAUAUGGGGGGACAGGUAAACCCCACACCACAUAAUCGAUCACAUGACACAGCACUCACACACCAUUUGAAUGGCAAUACCCAUCAGCUGGGGGAGGGGGCUGGCCCCCUCAAAUAUUUUAUGGGCGGAGCGAAGGGAUCUCAGCCCCUAGGAGUUGGCUCCUAUGUCUGUGAGAUAAAUAUACAUAGGUAAAUAAAAAGUAAAUACAGUGGUACCUUGGGAUACGGAUACGUCAGGUUACAGACGCUUCAGGUUACAGAUUCCACUAACCCAGAAAUAGUACCUCGGGUUAAGUACUUUGCUUCAGGAUGAGAACAGAAAUCGCAUGAUAGCAGCGGGAGGCCCCAUUAGCUAAAGUGGUACCUCAGGUUAAGAACAGUUUCAGGUUAAGAACGGACCUCCAGAAUGAAUUAAGUUCUUAACCUGAGGUACCACUGUACACUGAUUCAUGGGCCACUAUGGUUAUGACAAAUACAUUCCAAAUACCAUUACAUUUGUCCAUAUAUAAUUUCCAUCUGAAAGUGAUCUGUUCAUGGGUUGCAAGCAUUGGCAUGUCAUCUAUCCAUUGAUCGAAGGAGGCCGUCCAUCAAAAGGAAAAACAUGCAUACUUCCCCAUACCACCUUGCAACAAGAAUAUGGCAUCUGCUGCUGAAUUUUGCCAUGUUUUCUUUUGACAAACCAAGGGGAAAUGGCCAGCGACUCACUGCCACCUGGAAGCUGGAAUGUAGAAAUCUAGUGCCUAAAGCUUUACAAUGGAGGGGUUGCUGCUGCUAUCAAGAGCACUGUGUGUUAACAGGAAGGGAAGGAGGAACCUGAAAGACAUAUCACACAAGCUUUCCUCAGCCUGAUACCCUCCAGAUAUUUUUGGACCACAUCCCUGUCCCAUCAUCCCUGCCCACUGGCCAUCCUGGCUGAGUCUGAUGGGAACUGGAAUCCAGCAACACCUGAGAGACACCAGGUUGUGGAAGACUGCGUGGCAUAAUCUCAACAAAGACAAAGGCCCGUAUCUGAAAGGACAGGUUAAAUUGAAAACCAAUCUUAGAAGAACCUGAAAUUGAGUCUGCAUAAUUUAUGGUGAACUUUAAUGGGCUCUUUUUCUCUAGGUGGCGUGAAGUCACUGAAAUGAAAUACAUUUGCGGCAAGGAUUAUUUAACCGCUUUGCAAUUUAAAUUAAACCAUGAUAUAUGUCUCAGAAAUAUCCAUUUUACUUGUGUCUGUUUAGCAGGCCUCUGUUUUAUUAUUUAUUAGCUUAAAAGGUUUUAAUUUUAACUUUCCAUUGAAAAAUUCAGAGUGGUUUAUAAUAAAUCUGUUGUAUCAGAUGGGCAUGGGAUUAUACUUAGGAUUCUUGUGUUUCCCUUCUUUCUUUCUUCCUUCCUUGCUCUGGUUCUUUAUUAUUAUUCUGAAGUACAUUAGUUUUGCCCUCAAAUCUAUAAUGAUUACUGGGGAAGGAAUAAAGGAACAUCCUCUAAUAUGAUUUACAUUAUUCAGGUAUGUUAACAGAGCAUGAACACAGUAAGUUUAGACACUCCUUUUAUUAUACACCCUUGGAUGCCAUUUAAUACGCUUUCCCUCCUGGAAUCAUAAAAUCAUAGAACUGUAGAUUUGGAAGGGACCACAAAGGUCAUUCCCUGCAGUUCAGGAAUCUUUUUGCCCAAUGUGGGACUUGAACCCAUUACCCUGAGAUUAAAAGUCUCAAACUAUACCAACGGAGCUCUCCCUAUCCAACAGCAUUGCCUUAUAUAGGCUUCUGACUAUAAAUGGAAUGGCCUGAACUUCAGUUAUGAGGACCACAUGGGAGAUGGCUUGGAUGGGAGUUGGAUGUACAUUUGAUACUAUACGUGAGAUACCCUCCACCAUAAGUGGUAUCUCUCAGGGACCGUGCUGAGGAGGAAUGGCGGGAGCCUCCCCCUGCUCCUGAUCAGGAUCCUGAAUCUUCCCAGGAGCAGGAGGACAGUAUAAAUUUGGAAGAGUGGCUUGCAGAAGGACAUAGUUCAGAAGGCAGAAGCUGGGACGUACAGUGGUACCUCAGGUUACAGACGCUUCAGGUUACAGAUGCUUCAGGUUACAGACUCCGCUAACCCAGAAAUAGUACCUCGGGUUAAGAACUUUGCUUCAGGAUGAGAAGAGAAAUUGUGCUCCAGCGGCGCGGCGGUAGCAGGAGGCCCCAUUAGCUAAAGUGGUGCUUCAGGUUAAGAACAGUUUCAGGUUAAGAAUUGACCUCCGGAACGAAUUAAGUUCUUAACCCGAGGUACCACUGUACUGGAGGGGGAACAGCUAAGAGGAGAAGCACUGGGGGAGAGAGAGAGUUAACAGACACACUGUCUCUGGAAAGUGUCCAUCCGCUCAGCCCAAGGUCAAGAAGAGCAGAUAAGGUGGCAGCACAGGAAAGCACAGUGGUUGUGAGAUCAGGUUACAAGAUGCGGUAGUGACGUGGGGUACUAGGGAGGAAGUGGGUGCACCUUCAUUCCUAGGAAAUGGAUUCUUUGUUCGCUCGCUGUGAUCAUUAAAGCUUCUAACUGGUAAGAAGACACCUUUUGCUUUGUUCUGCUUAUCUUCUGCCAAAGUGGGGAGGAAGCCUGUUCCCUGAAGCCUGACAUAUCCAUUGCCAAUGACAGGAACAUUGUUGUUGUUGUUGUUUAGUCGUGUCCAACUCUUCGUGACCCCAUGGACCAGAGCACGCCAGGCACUCCUGUCUUCCACUGCCUCCCGCAGUUUGGUCAAACUCAUGCUGGUAGUUUCAAGAACACUAUCCAACCAUCUCAUCCUCUGACGUCCCCUUCUCCUUGUGCCCUCAGUCUUUCCCAACAUCAGGGUCUUUUCCAGGGAGUCUUCUCUUCUCAUGAGGUGGCCAAAGUAUUGGAGCCUCAGCUUCAGAAUCUGUCCUUCCAGUGAGCACUCAGGGCUGAUUUCCUUAAGAAUGGAUAGGUUUGAUCUUCUUGCAGUCCAUGGGACUCUCAAGAGUCUCCUCCAGCACCAUAAUUCAAAAGCUUCAAUUCUUCAGUGAUCAGCCUUCUUUAUGGUCCAGCUCUCACUUCCAUACAUCACUACUGGGAAAACCAUAGCUUUAACUAUACAGACCUUUGUUGGCAAAGUGAUGUAUCUGCUUUUUAAGAUGCUCACUAGGUUUGUCAUUGCUUUUCUCCCAAGAAGCAAGCGUCUUUUAAUUUUGUGGCUGCUGUCACUAUCUGCAGUGAUCAUGGAGUGAGCCCAAGAAAGUAAAAUCUCUCACUGCCUCCAUUUCUUCCCCUUCUAUUUGCAAGGAGGUGAUGGGCCCAGUGGCCAUGAUCUUAGUUUUUUUGAUGAUGAGCUUCAGACCAUAUUUUGCACUCUACUCUUUCACCCUCAUUAAAAGGUUCUUUUAAUUCCUCCUCACUUUCUGCCAUCAAGGUUGUGUCAUCUGCAUAUCUGAGGUUGUUGAUAUUUCUUCCGGCAAUCUUGAUUCUGGCUUGGGAUUCAUCCAGCCCAGCCUUUCGCAUGAUGAAUUCUGCAUAUAAGUUAAAUAAGCAGGGAGACAAUAUACAGCCUUGUCGUACUCCUUUCCCAAUUUUGAACCAAUCAGUUGUUCCAUAUCCAGUUCUAACUGUAGCUUUUUGUCCCACAUGGAUCACUGCCUUGCCGUGGCGAAGGGGCUUGAAUAACUCAGAGAAGCUAUGAGCUAUGCCGUGCAGGGCCACCCAAGAUGGACAGGUCAUAGUGGAGAGUUUUGACCAAACGUGAUCCACCUGGAGCAGAAACCGGCAAGCCACUCCAGUAUCCCUGCCAAGAAGACUCCAUGGACAAAGAUAACAGACGGGAACAUUAUUGACUGCAUUUAGUCUCACUGCAUUUGGAAGUUCCACACUUAAACUGCUGAUAAUUUCAAAGAGGAUUAACUCUUGAUAUACUAAUUGAUGGGCAAAACAAUACAACCCCAUGAUCGAGAGGUGUCCCUCUGCCCAGCUCCACCAGUGUGAAGGGUCCUGCUCCACCUGUAGAAAGAUGAGUAGAAGCUGCUGUCAACAGUAUGCCUAUUAGCAGUAGCCUCUUGUAUGCUGCCUCCAUAGCUCACAGAUCUAGUGGGAUUUGAGACCAAAUGGUUCAUUCCUACUGCACAAAUUUAUCAGGUGGCGGGGAUAGCAAAAAAAAAUUCUCAGUUUCAACACAAAGUAGCCUGAAAAAUCCAGGCAUUUCAAGUCACCAGAAACAGAUGAGUAUCUGAAAAAAUAUUGGGGGGAAAUUCUGCACGUGUUCUCCAAAUGCUACAGGCUCCCUGAAGGAUCUUCAGCACAGCAAACAUUUGAUGUCUAGGCUGAUGUUCUUAUAAAAACAAUUGGGUGAAACAAAAGGGGGGGGAUUCCUGAGCUACUUUGCAUUUUUGCUGCAUGGAACCAUCCAUGUGCUUUCAGGAAUUUCCAUUCAUGGCUAUUUUGAACAUUCACACGCUAACGAAAGCAUUUGUGAAAUGCUACUGCUAUGGAAUGCAAGCAGGAAAACUAUACAAGAUGCAGGGCCUGUCAGAAAACAGUCAAAUCAAUAAAACUACUUCCAUUUCUUUCCCUCCUUCCAUAUAUUAUUAUCAGGCCUUUUUUUUAAGCCAGUACUCACAAGAACUCAGGUGGGCGCCAUUGCCAUUAUAAGAGAACAAGGGAGGCGUUCAUGGUGAGUUCCAACACCUCUUUUUUCUAGAAAAAAUAACACUGAUUGUUAUUAUUUAUUUUAUUAUUUAGUAUACAACCCUUCACCCACAGAUCUCAGAACGGUUCACAACAUAAAAAUAUAUAUGAUAAUUUCAGCAAACUAUCCAAUGUAAAAAUCAAAAACAGCAAUAUGCCAGUAGAUGACACAGAUAGAAAGAACAAGAGUGUUCCAAUCCAGUUUGUUCAGAUUUGAAAGUAGGGAUGGGAAAUGGGUUUCAGCCAGUGGGCCAAAUCCUAAUACCCCUCCCCCAAUAUCUAUGUGGGCCACUUUGACAGGUGGGCAGAGCCUGUCAAUCACCUGACAUCGCCAUGAUGUCAGCCAAAGUCUUUACCUUUGCAGACCAGCUUUGUUUCAAGUCAGUCCACAAAGGGGAAAUGUUCACUUGCCUGUCGGUUUUGAAAUCAAGCUUCUUGGGCAAAGGAAGCAUGGUUUGCUGCAUGCCCACUCGGGGAGCUCUUGAGCGGAGCCAAUCCCAGUAGGGCUUGCAUUGGGUGUGGAAUACUUUAAAAGACCCUGACUGCUGACCUUGCUUGCCCAGGAACAACUGGGAUUUGUUGAGAUAUGUGAAUUGGGAUAUAGCAUAAUGUAAAGAAGAGACAUCACCUUGCCAACAAAGGUCCGUAUAGUUAAAGCUAUGGUUUUCCCAGUAGUGAUGUAUGGAAGUGAGAGCUGGACCAUAAAGAAGGCUGAUUGCCAAAGACUUGAUGCUUUUGAAUUACGGUGCUGGAGGAGACUCUUGAGAGUCCCAUGGACUGCAAGAAGAUCAAACCUAUCCAUUCUGAAGGAAAUCAGCCUGAGUGCUCACUGGAAGGACAGAUCCUGAAGCUGAGACUCCAAUACUUUGGCCACCUCAUGAGAAGAGAAGACUCCCUGGAAAAGACCCUGAGGUUGGGAAAGAUGGAGGGCACAAGGAGAAGGGGACGACAGAGGACGAAAUGGUUGGACAGUGUUCUCGAAGCUACCAGCAUGAGUUUGACCAAACUGCGGGAGGCAGUGGAAGACAGGAGUGCCUGGCGUGCUCUGGUCCAUGGGGCCAUGAAGAGUCGGACACGACUAAACGACUAAACAACAACAACAACAAAAAUUAUGUCAGUUACGGAGUAGAUGGGUGCAGCUUGGGGAAAGCGACCUGAUGGGCCAAAUUAGGAUCCCUAUGGGGCCUAAUUGGCCCCACAGGUCAGGGUACCAUACCACUUUUUUUAAGAAAGAAAGAGAGAAAGAGAGAAAGAAAGAGAGAGAGAAAGAAAGAAAGAAAGAAAGAAAGAAAGAAAGAAAGAAAGAAAGAAAGAAAGACAAUGCAAAAUAGAAAAGAAAUGGGACAGACUUAGGCAGAAGUGAUAUGGACUGAAAAUAGGCCAUAUCAUCUCCACCCAUAGGUUCCCAUAUGUCGGGGUAGUCAACGUGGCUCCCUCCAGAUGUUUUUGGACUAUGACUCCCAUCAUCCCUGUCUAUUUGCCAUGCCUGUUGGUGCUGAUGGGAGUUCAUGUUGGCUAUUCCUACACUGUGCUGUUCCCAACAAACCCACCAAGAUCUAAUCAGCUGUUAUUUUGUGUCAUGUAUUGGCACCGUCAAUCCCAUCCAGCUCACAGAUUCAGCACACUCUUUUAAAGUAUUUAUUCUUUUAGGACUUAGAAUUUAGGUGAAAACACAUACCAAUGUUUAAAUUCCUGUCUUUUAACAGAUUAAAAAUAGCACAGUUCCAAUGACUUUUUGGAGACCACAGAAAGGGACUGUAGUUAAGUCUUCACUAGUGAUAAAUGGUAGUAAGGCUCUCAUGAGCAGAAUGCUCAUCUCCUGCUUUCGUAGCAUGUUUUAGCUAAAGCCAGCUGGUUGGUGCUAGCAUCCAGCAGGGACAUGAGAAAAUCCCCUGAGGGCCUCAUGCCUACUGGGUGGUGAGGAGCUCACAGAAGCAAAGCGAGAGAGAUAAUUCCCUCCCAGAAAUAUGUGUGUGUUGCUCAUUCACAUGCAAAUGCCCUGGAUGUUCUGUGAGCUCCCAGCAAUUGUAGGGAAUCGACACUGUCCUAAUUUUGAGAGCUGGCUGUAUUCAUGGUGAGCCUUUGUGUUCAUUUUCUAUGAAGAAUGUAAUUAUGUGUGUUUUCCAUAGAGCAGACUGGCAACACAAGAGCCUCCAUUCAGCAGAAAGCUUUCCAUUAGGGCGUGAACAGAUAAAGUCAGCCGUCAGGGCCAAGGAAACAGUGAGUCAGAAUAUAUAGCAGCAAUUGUUACGUAAGGCAGAGAGACGUGGAAAGAGUCAUGAGUGUGUUCCUGUCAAUCUCGGAGGACGAGGGUUUGCACAUCAACUGGAUAUCAGGUGCGAGGGCUGCUUGGUAGCUCGUUCUGUUUUUGCCGGUAAAUAUUUGCACACUACAUCAAUGGAAUGCCAUGCAUUUGGCUUGCAUGUGCAACUCGCCUGGCCUAUAAGCUGCCUGAGCUCAAGUUGGACUAAAAAAGCAUGCACAACUAAUGAGAUCAUGCUAGAAUUUCACUUAAGGACCCACAGAUGUAAAAAUGGCCAGCCACCCAUUCUUCUUCAAAGCAGACAUCAAGCAGCCGUGAGGAAAGACUGAAGGACAUCUGGGACUUAUACAGCUCCAGGGAAGUCCAAUUUAUACAGGAAACAGUUGAAAGGAUCCAUGCACAGCCCAUUAUUUUCUGUGCAAUGUACCUAUUAUGGCCCAAAUGCAUGUUCAGCCCCUCCUGGUGGCACAGCAAUAAAACUGCUAGCCCAUUUGCAAAGCUAAGCAGGGCCUGGUAUGGUUUCAAGGUGGAUGGGGGACUGCAUGUUGAGAUACCUGGACCCAGGAUCCCUUCCAACUCUACAAUUCUAUUGUUCUAUAGUUCUAUCAGGGAUGUGGGUGGCACUGUGGGUUAAAUCACAGAUGAGAAUAAUGCAUCUGCUGACUAACCAUGUUUCUACAAAGCAGGUCUAUACGAAUGAAUUAAAGGUGUGUAAUGAUUUGAUGUAGGACCAAAAGAGGCAUUGGCCCACAAGAUACAGAAAAAGAAUCAAGUGCUCUCGCUUUCUUCUCAGCAGCAGGCACACAUGUCUGGGCAUGCUGAAUGGCAAAGUGGGGGGGAAGCUAGGACAGGAAUGGGGAGGGAGUUCAAGUUGUUGUCUAGCAAUCUUGUGACCUGCCAGUGAAAUAUACUGAUCUGGCUGUAAAGAAAAGUGGACUUCUAGCAGAAGUUUAAGAUGCUUAUUGACUCAACUCAGAAUGUGGAAUGCCUUCUGAAGAAGGAUCCACACAAGAUUACAAGACUCAUUUCUUCUUCUUCUUCUUCUUCUUCUUCUUCUUCUUCUUCUUCUUCUUCUCCUCCUCCUCAGCCAGCUGGACUGAGAAGUCUAAUCUGAAAAGACUUAAUUUUCCUUUCACCGUUCAAAAGAGCCUAUUGUGUUUGCAGUAGAUUUAUUCUAAAACAUUUCCUUUUGGCUUAUUGCCAGCUACAUCUCUGAGUUAUCCAUUGCUAUUCUCUUCAUAUUCUUAUUGUUCCAUCCAAAUUAAUUGCCAGAACACUUGGGAUUCCCAUUUAAAAUUCAUUGCAUUUUAAUUUUAAUAUACUCGGCAAAAUUUGUCAACAUCUAUUCUAUGAAUAACACCAAAUUCCGAACCAAAAUGGGAAGAGAGAGACAAGGGUCUUCCUUGCUCAAACCUGAGAAAGCCCAGUUCCAACAGAGGGGCAAAAGGAGAUGAGAAAAAGCAUUUUGUGUUUAAUAAUGUAAUGAUACGUGCACAUUUUUAGACUGCAUAUUUAUAAAGAUGAAGAAAGGGGAAAGAGCAUUAUCUGAAAAACAAACCUUCAUGAUAUGUACAACGCCAGUCAACUAAAAGAACAGACGUUCUCUUGCUCCAACUUUCAGCCCUCCAGAUGUUGAUAAACUACAAGUCCCAUCAUCUUGGACCAUCGGUCUUGAUGGCUAAUAGGAACCACUGAGAACAACAUCUACAGGACCAUAGAUCAAGGCCACCACCCACUUCUCGUGGACAUUUUCAAAGAUAAUCAUUUGUCUUCAGCCAGCAAACAUCUUAGUUGGGAGCAGGAGCAGUGUCAUACAGUACCUGCAUUACCUCACAGACAUAACAGUGCUAUAUAUGUUGUGUGCAAUCACAAUUUGGAUGUACAUUGCUUGGUAGUGUUUUAUUAUAGUGUUUAUUGGAAGCAAUAAAAAUUAGUUUUAAAAACAGACAGACAAACAAAUAAAUAAACUACUUCCGAAGGAAAAUUAUAGAAUACAGUGGUACCUCAGGUUAAGUAUUUAAUUCGUUCCAGAGGUCUGUACUUAACCUGAAACUGUUCUUAACCUGAAACACCACUUUAGCUAAUGGGGCCUCCUGCUGCUGCCGUGCUGCCGGAGCACAAUUUCUGUUCUCAUCCUGAAGCAAAGUUCUUAACCUGAAGCACUAUAUCUGGGUUAGCGGAGUCUGUAACCUGAAGCGUAUGUAACCUGAAGCGUAUGUAACCCGAGGUACCACUGUACAGUUUUAUAAUAGAGGCCUAUGUGUCAGUACAAAGUCUUAAAAGCUGAUCCUGAAAAUCAGGUCCUAUUUGCAUGCGUGUUUGGAAGAUAGCUGCUUCCUUUGCCCACUACACCUCUGUCGUAAAGUCUGACUGUGCUUUAGAUGCAGCCAAUGACCUUUGGAUAUUGAGCCAGUCUUCCAGUGCGCUGAAAACAAGUUCAGUAGGCUGUAUAGCCUUAGUUCAAUAGGCUGUAUAGCAAAAGACUGAAACCAGUGAUGUCAAUGAAAUCUUAGGGGAGUUUACGGCAAUGGAGACUAUGCUUUACGCCUGGAAUUUAUAUGUUCAGUUCCUUCCCAAAAAUAAAAGCAAGAUGUCUUGCAAUUGCAGUAACAAGUAAAGGUUGGCCUGACAUCUGACACUUCUGUGAAUGCAAUAAUAAAUUGCUGAUAACAUCACAUAUAUCCAAAAUGGCCUUUCUCUUUUUUUAAAAAAAUAUGAAAUAGUAUAGUCAUUGUUUAAACAAACCACUGACUUGGCUGUCCCUGAUUUAUAUUGUUCUACAUUACAGAGAAAGGGACAGAAUGUCACAUAAACACAUUCAUCAAACGUACAGACCUUAGUAUGACUCAUGCUAAAUAACAGACCAACGUAUGUUUUUUUAAAGCCCUCAAUAUCAGAAAUCUCUAAAAGUCUCUUGUGAUUCUCAGCAUUUUUACUCAUGAGAUUUUAUUUUAUUUUUACUUUUGCCUGUUAGCCAAUGCUCCAAUAGAAUCUCUAAUAUAGAAUCUCCUUUCCCCUUGUUAGGACCAGCCCAAGACAUUUUGCUGCCCGAGGCAAAGAUGGCGCCUCUCGCAUUGCAUGUACAAAAGCUGACCAGACCACUAAUUCAAUCUUAGGUCAACUGUCAUGGGGCAGUGUCUUCCACUGCACCUGAGGGCAGCAGGUUGGCUUAAGGGGCACAGGGCAGGUCACAAGGCAUACACAGCUCUAUUAUCCAAAAUCUUGCUCUCCCCUCCAUCCCUCAGGAGCUGCCUCCCUUCUUCCUAACAGUAGGGCUGUUCCCAUCCCAUGUCAAACCCACUUUCUGAAACUAAUUUCCAAGGUAAAUCCACCCGAACUCCAACUCCCUGGUUUGUUUUUUCUCAGCUGAUAAAAACAUUUCUAUGCUGGAAUGCUUUCUCCACUGUCAAAAUGAUGUGGGCUGCUCUUUGACUGGCAACUUGCUGUUGAGUUUUGGUUUGGGGCAAACACCUAGAUGCCAUUAUGUUGUAACGAAUGCCUUUGGGAAGGGAAGGCAGCUGCCAAAUGUUCUAAAUAAAUAAGACAAACCUCUAAAAAUCGAAUUUGCAAGAGGAUCUUACAAAAUCAUUUUUUAAUUAUCUGGCCAGGCUAUGGUUCUAAUGUUUACAUACCCACCCACAUGAAGUAAUCUGUGCUCAGGCAUUAGUCUCUUAAUUCUACGAGUUAGUGACACAGAACUGAACAGGGCUACUUCACAUGUUAUGAAGUGAGAUGCUUUUUCAUGGGGGCUAGGAUCAAUAUGUAGGUCGUUUGAUGGGGAAGUGUGGGCACAUGCAUGUACUUUUUCUGCACGCCUGUAUACACAUACAGUGGUACCUCGGGUUAAGAACGUAAUUCAUUCUGGAGGUCCGUUCUUAACCUGAAACUGUUCUUAACCUGAGGUGAUUUACCCAAGGAUAGAUCAUUGGAAACCCUUGUCCCAAAUCUGGUUCUCUAAGAUGAACUAGCUGGAUCCACUGCUGUCAAUUCAGAGGGAUGAGAUAUCAGUGGAAGAUGCAAUGGUUAUGGCAACAAGAUUUAGAGGACAGCAGUGUUCAAAAAACCCAUUGUUCUUGGUGCAUUUGGCGAUAGGGAAUGUCAUUUGUGUGAGCAGUUUCUAAGCUCUGGGCCAGGGGUCAGCAAACUUUUUCAGGCAGGGAGCCAGUCCACUGUCCCUCAGACCUUGUGGGGGGGCUGGACUAUAUUUGGGGGGGGGGAUGAAUGAAUUCCUAUGCCCCACAAGUAACCCAGAGAUGCAUUUUAAAUAAAAGCACACAUUCUACUCAUGUAAAAACACGCUGAUUCUCAGACCGUCCGCGGGCCAGAUUUAGAAGGCGAUUGGGCCGGAUCCAGCUCCUGGGCCUUAGUUUGCCUACCCAUACUCUGGGCACUGUACUGAGUGAGCCUAAGAUUUCUGAUUAAAACGGCAGAGUGGAAGGAAAAGAGGACCUUUUUCUGCCUCCCCACUUCCGGCCACUCUCUGAAGACUGGAGAAGAGACCCUCUUAAGACUAUUAGGGGUUUGGGCAGGGGAAGGACUAGACCAUGUGAAAAAUGAACAUAAUAUUUCAGCUGCAGUUUUGUAUAUUCUUGUUAUAAAAAAGUGCACCUAGACAUUCCAUUGUUGUGCCCGUAACCUCGGUUUAAGGUGUCAUUUAGCUCCUAGCUUUCAUAUCUCAGUUUCUAUCACUGGAGGAGAUGGGAACUGGUGUACCUUCCUCUUUCCCCUCCUCUGUGCAUGCCACCCCACCCAUGACCAGAGAUUGCAUGCAAAGUGCUUACACUGAGCUGCUAAAGCAAAGACUGGAGAGCCAUUUGUCAGGGAUGCCGCAGUUGAAUCCUGCACUGCAGAUCCUGCACUAUGAAGGAAGAUGAAUUGGGCCAGAUGACCUCCACAGUUCCUUUCAAUUCUACAAGUCUACAGAAAUCUGGCAAUAAUGAUUUUUUUUAAUCUGCAAAACGGUUGAUGAAGCCCUGUUUAAAUGAUGCACACCAAUGGUGAAACAAAUAGUUUUGGGAUUGCAUGGUGUUCUUUCACAAUUUGCGAAGCAUCAAAUCAUGCGACUGGUGGCUGUGAAAUGCUGACCACUCCAUAUCUACAUGGGCAAUGUAGAUCUGCUUUUGAGAACUGCUUCCUCUGUCUCUGUCAGAACCACGGUCAGUUAAUCAUCUGUCCUAUAGUCUCAUUGCUGCUUCAGGCAAUGGUUUAACAACAAUCUCAGCCUGUCAAUCCCUUGCCUUUAUUGCACCUGAUUCCACUGUCACUCCAAUUUAUUGCCUGCCCAGCAACUCACUUUAUUUGUCAGAGGACGAAGCUCAUCUAUGCAGGCUGCCAGGGGAGCCAACCCAGCGAUUUGUGGGUAAAGAAUGCAGAAAUGCACAGCUAUGUACCUUCUUCUUCCCCAGGAGGUUCCUCUUUUACAACUCUUAGCCAGUCUCUUAUUAACAGGGGCUCUCUUUCCCCCACCUCACCUCUCUUCAGCCUCGUUUCUUAGUUGGACUUACUUCCAAGGUCACAUCUGUCACUGCUAAUGUUCCCUUUGACUCAUUUUCAAUAGAUAGAACCACAGAUCCAGACAGAUCCAGACUGCCAAAUGCAUUUACAAUUCUGUUGGCUUACUGUAUUACUUUCCUAGCAUUUGCUUGUCACCUUGGUAUAGACACUAAAAGCAAUGUGGACCUCUAUUCAAGUAAAUUCUGAUUAGGACUAUGUGUUGGUUUCUCUGGGCUAUGGUUUCAGGAUCGCAACUUUCUUCGUUUUAAGUUCUGCAGCAGCUAUAUCUGGGCUGAGGUUAUGAACUUGCUAUGGCUGAACUUGACAGGGGUGCCAUUCAAAUAAGAUAGCAGUCCCCCUUCCUUUUGUUUCGGAUGAAGAAACGUCCAUCUAGUUCAGAAUCCUACAGAAAUGGCAGCCACCCAGAAAAUCCUGGGAAAUUUACAAGCAAGGUGUGAAGGCAACAGGCCUUCCCUUUCAAUUCCACUUGGAAUCAGAUGCUCAGAGGAACACUGCAUCCAAACACAAUGGAUCCAUUUAGCUGUCAUCAUGGGUACUUGCUAUUGACAAAUUUAUCCCCACCCCACAAUUCUUUAAUCUUUUUACCUGAAACCAUCCAGGGAUGUGUACGCAGAGGAGAGGAAGUCCCAUUACAUGAGAGGAGCACCACUCGUGUUGGAUACAAAUCCAAGCCUUGUUUGUCAUGGUCACACUACAACGUGACAGAAGAAGGUUUAUUUAAAAGAUACGUAUGUUACUAACAUGCCCAUCCAAGGGCAUGUCUCCAUCAAGCACUGGCACUGAAUGAUGUCCCGUUAUUUCAUGUUAAGCAUGCAUUAGAAGACAGAAGACGGUCUCAAAACAUUUCACCCACUUAAUAAGAAGACAACAGGGGCUUUGAUGUUUAAUUGCAUCCAACUAGCUUGUCUUGGUCUUUUGCUGAAUGCAAAAGAAUGUUUUCCAAAUACAUCUGAAGAUGAUUGUGUUGUCUGCGAAAGGUUUCUCCUAAUACAAAGCCUCAUGUCCAUGUUUAGUUUGUUCUGAGCAAUAAGUUCUGGAACACAUAUUGCACAUCAAAGGCCUUCUUUUAUCUUCAUCUAAACUAUCUCAGAUUUAACGCAGAAGGCCUUGGUGGAAUAAACAGCACAAUGGGGUUGCUUUGCUGGGCAGGCUUCUAUGGCAUCAUCAGAAUGUGAAGUACGUAUUGGCCAAAGCAUCUCAUCCUACCGAGACGUGACGCCUCAUCUCUAGGAAACCUCUGUUCAAGAAGUACACAUCUAAAAUUUAACUAAGCUGGAUCCCUGAAUUUUACUUCCUUUGCACAGUACAGUGGUACCUCGGGUUAAGAACUUAAUUCGUUCUGGAGGUCCGUUCUUAAUCUGAAACUGUUCUUAACCUGAAGCACCACUUUAGCUAAUGGGGCCUCCUGCUGCCGCCGCGCCGCCAGAGCAUGAUUUCUGUUCUUAUCCUGAUGCAAAGUUCUUAACCUGAAGCAUUAUUUCUGGGUUAGCGGAGUCUGUAACCUGAAGCGUCUGUAACCUGAAGCGUCUGUAACCCGAGGUACCACUGUUCUCUGCAAGUGGAUAAAAAAGUAUUUAUAACUUUACACUCACCUCACAGAGUGUUUGUUGUGGGGGAGGAAGGGAAAGGAGAAUGUUAGCCGCUUUGAGACUCCUGAAGGGGAGUGAAAGGCAGGAUAUCAAAUCCAAACUCUUCUUCUUCUACAUAACUCCAUUUGAACCUUCAGCAAGCCCAGGAGUUCUGUCUCAUAUACUUCAGUGCCAAUCCUUAUUUGGCCAAAACAGUGCCAUCCAUGCACAAGAAAGAGGCUUCAACAUGCUUCGGGGAACCCAAAGCUUUCAAGAGGCAUAAACUGGAGAAGAGAGGUGCAACUGAGGAUCCUGGAGCAAUCAGGAACAAUCCACAUGUUGUUGCAGGUCCCAUUCUUAUAUAACCUAGUAAUUCUAAAUGACUUCUCAGCUACAGCAUUCGCUAUAAAUUGACAUCUCAAAACUCAGAAUAAUGGGAACCAUCCACUAGAGAAAAAGCUACUGCUGGUCUUGGGAAAAAUCUGUAAAACAUGGAGCAAGAUGCUAACCAGAAAUCCAUAGGUACAUGCAGUGCUUUUUCAGGGGGUACUCAAGGGUACACAGUACCAGCACCUCUUUUUUGUUGUUAGAAAGUGUGGCACUUACUGUAACAACUUCAUGGUGAGUACCAGCAACUAUUUUUCUAGGGGGGAAAGCACUGGGUACAUGUAUGGUCUCACAGAGGGAGUGAGGGAAAGAUGUUAGAUAUUACUUUAUGAAGCUGGAGGUUGCACACAGUUUUGGCUUCUAUGGCUGGGACACAGUGAUAGGUCCAAAGUAACGCAGGAGCAUCAUGGCUUAGUGUGCUUUUUAACAGUGGCCUCCCUGGUCCUAGUCCAGCACUCUAAGCAUAGUUUGACACUGGCUGGUCUUUGCACAGUACUUUGGUGUAUUCUUCUGCAGAGUGGAGGAGGAGGAGGAGGAGGAGGAAGAGGAAGAGGAGAAGGAGAAGAAGAAGAAGAAGAAGUUUGGACUUGAUAUCCCGCCUUUCACUUCUCUUAAGGAGUCUCAAAGCGGCUAACAACCUCCUUUCCCUUCCUCCCCCACAACAAACACUCUGUGAGGUGAGUGGGGCUGAGAGACUUCAAAGAAGUGUGACUAGCCCAAGGUCACCCAGCAGCUGCAUGUGGAGGAGCAGGGAAGCGAACCCAGUUCACCAGAUUACAAGUCCACCACUCUUAACCACUACACCACGCUGGUGUGCAUCAUUUAAACAGAGCAGAGAGGAACAGUGAGGCAGAAGCCUGCGAGAGCCAAGGGUGUGUUUCUGUUUCAAAUACGUAAGGGGAUCUCUACGACAAGUAGAGGAUGGUGGGUGUUGUGGAGAACACCACAGCACUGUUUACAUUUGGACACUACGAGGGAGAGCUCAAACGCUUCGAAAGAACAGCAAGAAUUUCAUGACGGAUAUGGAGCAGCCAAUGUCCAGCCAGUGUGCCAGAACUGGAACAAACAUCCCCUCCGCCCACACCAGAAGUAACAGCCAGGGCUUUGGCUAAGGCAGAACAGGAAACUGACAUGGGAAACCCAAAACCUGAUCGCUGGUUUAAUUUUCCUGGCAGAAGCUGCUAUUAAGUUAUAAGCGGAAGAGGUUUCAGUGUUAAGCCUCCCCCAUAAGGGCGUCUUCUGUGUGGAUGGGAGGGUAAAAUACAACAGAAGUGUUUUGGAGUGUUUUUCGUGAUCACAGUCUCAACAGAAACAUAUCACAAAGGCCCCAGAUAAUCACAGUAUUUGACUUUCCCUGGCAGCCAUCUAUAAUGAGCUCUGUACAUUUCCCCCUUAAUUAAUAAUCUUCUAAUACUAUUUCCUGAGGUAGUUAGGAAAGGUAAUGACAUUCCAAGGGGAGUGUGCUAUUCUGAUGAGACUGCGGGAGAAAGGCUAGUCUUAAUUAAAUCUGGUUUCAGAAGCUGCCAGUUCUUUAUCACAAAAACACUGUGUGUGGAUGUCAGCCCCUAGACAGCUGUUUCCUCCAUCUAAGGCUGCAAGGGAGGGGAGAGGAGGGAUGUCUCAUUAAACAGAGAAACUGACAUUUAAGACUCCAGGGAAAGCCAAGAAAGCUGCAAGAAUCCUUUCAAAGGAGCACAUGAGCAAAAAUGCAGAAAUAUGUUACAAGCAGUUGUGAAAUGACAGGGUGGCAUUCAAGGGUCAGAGUGCUGAGAAGUGUUGUUUACAUGAGCAAAUGAUAUACGCUCUGUCAGAAUGGCCUACUUUUGGUGACCACGGCAAUUAAGCGAUGCCAAUGGCGCUGGAAAUCAUUGCAAUAUGCUGAGAUUUUUCUCCUUCCAUGCAGAAAUGUAGGGCAUCGUCCAGAAGGCUAAGAUUAAGGUCAUAUCAGCACUGGGAGACAGAGAUUAAAAUGAAAGUUGGAGACACAACCAUUUUGUUUUUGUCAUUUAAUAUUCAUCGGCACCCGGCAUUUCCUAUCGGCCUUAACAAAAGGAAGUCAAUAAAAGAUACAAGGCCAAAGAGAAUGUUUUUAGAUAACAUUAUUAUUUGUCUGCAUGGUGAUGUUUUUAAUGCUGCUUUUGUUUCUUGUUUACUUUUCUUGUUUUAUAUUGAUAAUUCAUAUUUUUGAUGGUUUUGUAACUUUUAUUCCAUUAUUUCAAUAUUGCAAAGCCACCUUGUGAACUUUUUGCAGAACUGAAAGGCUGGAGAACUUCACUCAGUGGGGGCCAAGCUUGUAUACUAGCUUCCCCCUACCCCAGUCUCUUCUAGGCAUUUAGGCUUUUUCCUCCAACACCCUGACCCCUAUAGCUCUUAUUGAACCCCCCCCAGUCCAACAGCAAAAUGUUUGCCUUUAUGAGAGAAUCAUUACAGCCACCAUUCUGAAAUUUGGCAGGCUUCAUCCCCUCAGAAGAGCUCACAAUGCCUGCAAAUUGUAUGCCAUUCUGGCAAAAAAUAAAAAAAAUAAUAAAGUGUUAUACGCCUGUCCUUGGGGUUUUAUUUUAAAAAAAAUAUCAAAGUUGAAAGGUGCCCUAAAUGAAAAGCCCUGGAUUUAUUUGCCCACAAUUUGGCAGGCUUAAUCCACUCUGGAGGGGCUUCUGUGCCUGUAAAUUUCUUUCAUUUUGGCCAAAAGUGGGGAACAAUGCAUUUUUAGAAUUCCCAUUGCAGGGAACGGGGCACCCAUUUUGUACAAGGUGGGCUUGGAAUCAAGAGCACAAAUUGAAGCAGAAAGAACAGAGUGUGACUCAAAAACAGAUCAGAUUGUUUGGGGGGGGGAAUGUGUAUAUACAGAUACAAAGUGAUUCUUGGGACCUGUGCACUCCCCUUAUCAAGUGCCCAUUCAUUACCCUGGUCCUUCCCCUGCAAUGAUAAUUUCCAAGAAAGUGUCACCCCAUGCAUGAGGAGAAUAUUUCCAAUACAUAUCUGGGGAAACUGCAAAAAACUUUCAGUUAGAUUUCGGGUUGUCAGGUAUGAGAACCAUAAUACAAAACAUUUAAGUUAUGCUUUGCUGGACAUGCCAAAUUGUAAACCAGCUGAACACAGAUGCCGUCAAAUAUUUUGCUUGUAAAAUUCUGAGGAUAAUUAGAUUCAAGGAAAUAGAUUACUAAUUCAAUAAAUGUACGUGUUUAACAUGCAAGGGUUUAUCUAAGUGGUGUCUUUUUGCUGAUGAAAUACUAUUCGAUUGCCGGAGCGAUCGCUCCAGGAGCUUUUUCUUCCCUGAGCCAGCCCUGCGUGACUUUGCCAGGCUGGGAUUUGAUUAGAUCCCAGCCUCUCAAAGCGGCUUGGGGAGGGCAGCAUGAGAAGGACGCCAUGCAGGCUUCAAACACAGCCUCUUCCCUGAGGGGCUGGGAUCAAAUGACACAUGACUGCUGCAUCCUUCUCACAUUGUCCUCCCUAGAGAUCAGCCUCAGAAAGCCUGACCCAGAAACUCCAGCGGGUGCAGAAUGCCGCGGCAAGACUCCUUACGGGGUCCUCGCUACGGGAUCCCAGGCCACGGGGAGGUUAGGCUGGCAUCAACCAGAGCCAGGGCUUUUUCGACUGUGGCCCCAUCUGGUGGAACGCUCUGUCACAAGAGACUAGGGCCCUGCGGGACUUGACAUCUUUCCACAGGGCCUGCAAGACAGAGCUGUUCCACCAGGCCUUUGGCCAAGGCACAGUCUGACCCCCUCCUUUAGUAAUCCUCAUAGAACUCUAGCCCAGUGGUUGCCAUUAAUCUGAUUUGAAUUGAUUUUAGAAUGAAUUUCAAUUAAUUGAUUGUGAUUUUAUGUAAACUGUGUUACUUUUACUGUUGUUGGCCGCUCUGAGCCCGGCUUCAGCUGGGGAGGGCGGGAUAUAAAUAAAUUAUUAUCAUUAUUAUUAUUAUUAGUAGUAGUAGUAGUAGUAGUAGUAUUAUCAUUAUUAUUAUAAAACAUCUUAUGUCCAAGAUUGCUGUUUUAUUUCUGUAUGAGAAUGAGUUGAAAGAAAGAAAGAAAGAAAGAAAGAAAGAAAGAAAGAAAGAAAGAAAGAAAGAAAGUUGACUACAUAUAAAAGAUCCUAUAUUUAAAAGACAGGAAGGGAACAAGUCUGCCACAAAACACACAGGCAACCAUCAUGGGACUGGUACAUGCCAGUAACAGGUUCUUUUUUAAAGUAUGUCACCAUUUACAGAGACCAGAACAGUUUACAGACCAGAACGCUGCUAAAGAGGCCUUUUUCUUCAACUUAAAAGGUUUAACAGGGUGGUUAUGAAUAGAAAUAGGAAGGGUGUUCCACCCAGAGGAACAGAGUCACGGAAAGCUUUCUUCCAGAGGUUCAGGGCGUGGAACCUCUUGUACGAGGGAGAAAGACAAACAACAUUUGCCACUUGCUACGGUGUAGGAUUAUCUCAGCAAAUGUCCCAGGACAACGUCAAGAGAGAUGUUCCCACUAGGCAGAGGGAGCUAUAAUCACUUAGUCCAAGGUUUUAAAAUCAUUUCUCUGAAAAGACAAAACAACUAAGGCUGGAAGAAUCUGUCAAUUUCAGUUCUCAUUUUUUCAGUUUUAAGUUUGUUACAUUUCCACAUCAGCUUGCCAUUAGAAAGAGAGUCCUCAAAAAAGGGUCAGCAUUUUAGUGUGCUUUUCUCCCAAUACACCCAUUUUGUAAUCAGAUACAACACAAUGAAAGUUAAGGUGUUUUCUCAUUAAAUACAUGAAUUUAGUGUAUUACUGUGGUUCACCCUUCUUGUUGUGCUGUAGUGUUCCUGCUAUGGAGGGCCCAACCAGCGCCAGAUUUAGGGAAGUGUUGGUGCAAAAUUGAGAAGAUCCAUUUGGGGACACCAAAUUUUGGCCUUGCACAGGGCGUCAUGUUACCAAAGAUUACCCAAGUCCAUCCCUGGCCCACCAGCCCUCCCCAAAUCAAGUGUCUCUGCCUCUGUUUACAUACCCCUCAACUAUCACAGUAAAACUGGAAUGUCCCAUUUUUAUUUUCAUGUGAGAGUUUGGUGCCCAUUUUGGGUGCCACAGUCUCACCUCCCAAAAAGCAUGUCUUUCAGGACCAUGAUCUCAUGCAGGUCAUGUGACUUGUGUGGGAAUGCCUUUCUGGAAGACACGUGUCACAGUUUUUCACCUCGACGUGUUGGAGGAUAUGUUGCUGUGGGAAUGUUUAGGGAUGCGGGGAAGGAUAUAUUGUCUAAGAUAUCCCAUCCCAACUUGUCUUUACAAGUUCAACAAAAUCAGCAGAGUUAACAUUCCCCUUUUAUUUAAACACACGCAUAGCAGAUAGCUUGCUCAGCCUCGUUAGAGUCUCUGUAAAUAUUUCCUGGUAUUUUCCACAUUUGUUGUCGUUGUUGUUUAGUAUUUAGUCGUGUCCGACUCUUCGUGACCCCAUGGACCAGAACACGCCAGGCACUCCUGUCUUCGACUGCCUCCCGCAGUUUGGUCAAACUCAUGCUGGUAGCUUCGAGAACACUGUCCAACCAUCUCGUCCUCUGUCGUCCCCUUCUCCUUGUGCCCUCAAUCUUUCCCAACAUCAGGGUCUUAUCCAGGGAGUCUUCUCCUCUCACGAGGUGGCCAAAGUAUUGGAGCCUCAGCUUCACAGUCUGUCCUUCCAGUGAGCACUCAGGGCUGAUUUCCUUAAGAAUGGAUAGGUUUGAUCUUCUUGCAGUCCAUGGGACUCUCAAGAGUCUCCUCCAACACCAUAAUUCAAAAGCAUCAAUUCUUCGGCGAUCAGCCUUCUUUAUGGUCCAGCUCUCACUUCCAUACAUCAAUAUUGGGAAAACCAUAGCUUUAACUAUACGGACCUUUAUUUUCCCCAUUUAAUCCCUCCUAAAAUAAGACGCUACACAGUCUUCUGUAAAGUAUAAAACAUUUACUCACAAGUAAUCAUCUGUUCACACAAAGAUUCCCAGAAGGCAGACUUAUUAAAAGGUUAGAGCAUAGAUUAAAUGUGGUGACUAUCUCCUUGUGGAAGAAAGCCCCCCUUUUAUUCUCUUGGCCUGGAGCCAAGGGUGCAUCUUAGUAGUGCUGUUGUUAAGAUGGCAUCAAUAGAGACAAGAGAGACAAGAUGGUCACCAGCCUGUGAUUCUGGCUCUUUUACUUCAGGAGAGGCCACGCCCAUCUCAAGUUACACAUAGGAAGUUUCGUCUCAGUCCUGGAUAGCAGGAAGUUCCGGCUGGAGGACUGAGACAACCAUCAUGUCUACUCUAGCAAUGUUGUGUUUGACUGCACCUGAUUCUUACACCCCACAGUUGCAACGACUCCUCCCCUCCCUAUGGUUCCGUACCAUCAUAAGAAGGUCUUGGAGCUCAGGCAACAGGAUUCCUGUUUCUUGAGGCCUGAGACCUCCUUGCAAUGGUGAUGAGGAAAAGACUCCAGCAUGGUCAAUGGUCAGCAAGGAUGGUCCUCAGAUUGUCCAUCGUUGCAUAAGACAACUGCUCACCUUUGCCUUCUCCAUCACUUUAAAUGCAGUCCCAUUUCCAGCUGUGUGAACCUCAGUUUUUCCUCCAAUGAUCUCACAAGGCAGUGAAUGUGGUUCACUACCUCACAGUUCCAUCAUCUCAAGAGUCCUGGAAAGUUAGACUGAGAGAAAGUGAAUGGGCCACUAGUGAGCUCCCUGGCUGACAAUGUAGUCCCAACUAUGUCUGCUCAGAAGUAAGCCCUGCUGAAUUCAAUGGGGUUGGGCCACAAGACAACUGAUGACUGCAUGCCACUAGAAAUAAAAUAAAUAAUAAUCAAAGCACCCACCCACAGAAGAGACUGUGUAUCACUCCAUCUCUCCUUGACUCAUUGCCCUGGCCUUGCAUUCUGCUUGGAGAGGGUGUGGAGAUGCAGAAGAAUCUGCCAUCAGAGGAGGCUCACUCUGCUAUUUCUACACGAGUCUACAUGCUUUGGGCUUCCUUUCUCCCACUCAGGCCAGGAGGCUUUCUCAGAACAGUGAUUCAUGGAGAAACCCGGAGGCUGGGCCCUGGUGUAUGUUCGCGUGUGUUUAUGUAUUUUAAAUGCAGCUCGGUGUUUCUUGUACGCCGCCUUGGAAGGAUUUAUAUCAUGAAAGGCAGGAUAUGAAUUCUUGCAAUAAAUAAAUAAAAGCAUGCCUCCAAUUUCCAUUCAAAAAAGAAAGUGAUUUCGUCUCUUUAAAACUAAACACGUAAAAAUAAAAUACAACAAUAAUAAUGUUUUAUAGCAGGCUUGCAGAAUUGGGGGGAGCAGUCUUAGAAGAUGUUAAAAGCUGUGGGUGGUGGGAUAUCAGGUGCAAUUCUGAUGUACUGGUACCAGUCUGUGCAGUUAUUUAAAAUUGCCUUUAGGUUCAAAAUAUCCAUAUUCAUGUUCAGCUGCUGGUGUUGCCAUGAAAAUCCCCUAUGGGGUUUUUUUUAAUAAUAAUAAUAAUAAAGAUUAUCUAGUCUUCAAGAGACCCACCCACUACCUAAUACAGUUGUUUCGAUAUUUGCUCUGGUAAUGCAUCAUGAAAGCAGACUCCUGUGGUAAAAAUAAUCCAUUAUGAAAUAGAACUGAAUACAUAAAGCAUGCAGUGAGGGGUGGACCCCACAAAAGAAUGCAAUCAGCCUGCCAGAUCAAAUUGACUACAAAUGUUGCAUUCAUAAGUCAACAUCCGUUAGGUCAAAAGAAACGUUUGCUCAGUAUCUGCUACAGAGAAACGAAGGUUGGAAACAGUUUUCAGUAGAUCGUGCUUCCCAAUUUGGACAACAGGCUUGGUAAAAAUAGCUGUAAAGGAAACUAUUUUAAUUGUCACAAAUCUCACAAACUCUCUUCCAGGAAUCUUACAGAGACCGUGCCUGUUGAAGUUUCUGAGCUAUCUGUAUGCAAUAUCUUGGUUAUGGCACCAUCAUAGACAAAGUGGGCUUAAGGCCAGACAAAACGACAGCUGGCCCAUUUCUCCCUGUUACCAUGCAAAUCCAAUUCAGAAUUGGAUUAAACUAAAUGGUGGGAAAGGGAUGCAGGUGGCGCUGUGGACUAAACCCCUGAGCCUAGGGCUUGCCGAUCAGAACGUCGGUGGUUCGAAUCCCUGCGAUGGGGUGAGCUCCCGUUGCUCGGUCCCUGCUUCUGCCAACCUAGCAGUUCGAAAGCACCUCAAAGUGCAAGUAGAUAAAUAGGUACCGCUGUGGCGGGAAGGUAAACGGUGUUUCCGUGCGCUGCUCUGGUUUCACCAGAAGAGGCUUAGUCAUGCUGGCCACAUGACCUGGAAAAACUGUCUGCGGACAAACAUCGGCUCCCUCGACCCUCGGUCGUUCGUAACUGGGCUUAACUGUCUUUUUUUUAUAUAUAAGAUAUUUAUUGAGAUUUUCACAAUAUUACAAAAUAAAAAUAAAAAUAAAAAAGAAGAAAAUACAAAAUAAAAAAAAUGGUUAAAAACAACUCAAUCUUUCCAUUACUUAUUUUUCAUUAGCUUGUUUCCCGGACCUCCUCACGCCUCCAUUUUUUGUAUUCCAGUUCGGUUUGUUGGUUCAGCAAAUCCUUACCCUCUUUGUUUAUCCUAGUCUUUAAUCUUAAAAUAUUGUAACGUUAAAUUUUUACCUAUUAAUAAUCCAUUUUUCAUAUUCCCUUAGAGUAUUACAGCUGAAAACCACUUAAUUUCUAUCCAACAUCAUUCUAACAUUCAUUAAUUUUACAAUAUUUUUGUAGAUAGUCUUUAAAUUUCUUCCAAUCUUCUUCCACCGACUCUUCUCCCUGGUCUCGGAUUCUGCGUAACUGGGCUUAACUGUCAGGGGUCCUUUACCUUUUUUAAAUGGUGGGGAAAGAAGGUACAGUAUUGAUUGAAGGGGGGGAAGUCCACCUAGCAACAAGUGAGGAAAAUGUUGAAGGAACUUUUGCAACAUGACUCACUUGAAAAACAGUGACAUUAUUCUUAGUCUGCAAUGAUAUCUAUGCAAACUAAUCUGAGCAUAAGACCUACUGAUACUAUUAAGCAAACUUUGUGCUCAGUCUAUGUUUCCUCAUGUAUACCUGACAGUAAAACAAAUUCUCCUCCCUCUUAAGUAUGGGUGAGGACUGAAAUAUCCCUUCUUUAGCAACUGGCAGAGUGAUAUGAUGUUUGCAGAGAUAGAACGUGCCCUGAUUGGCUGGGUAGUUCUAAGUGAGUUCUGUCCUCUGCAUGUUUGGUUCAGUGCCUCACUGCUGUGUACAAGGCCUAACGUAAGAAAGGCUUUGCUCCUUUCUCCUCAAAUUAUACACCAGGGGUUUUUGUUUCUUUGUUUCUGUACUCGAGUGUUAUCAAAUUUAUUCUCUUUCUAAACCUUGUCUGGAUUAUUUAAAAGACUUUGCUAACAUUUACAGCCAUGCUUGGUUUAAAAGAAAGGCAAAUAACAUAAAAAUGGGGAAAGAAAAGAUGCUGACUUGUUCACUGAAGAUUUAUAAUUAUCCAAAGUAGGGCCAAGCAGAUAGUCUGUGAUUUAGCACCACUAUGCAAUUCAUUUGCUAUAUAAUCAACUAUGGAAUCAAAACAGAAAUUUUGCAAGCAACAUGUAGCAAUUGGAACACCUUAUAAAAGCGAGCAAUUCACAUACUCCCUUUUACAGGGGCAAUACCAAACCAUAUUAAUUCCUCUGGUUAUUGUGUCUUUUAACAGCUGGGUGUUGGUGGUGGUUUUGUUUUUGGUUUUUUAAAGAAAAAGACUGGCUAGGUCUGAAACUAUUCUGCUACUUAACUUUGGCAGAGCCAGAGACCCUAGAGGGAGGACAAAGCAGGAGUCUUCAAAUGCUUAAAAAGUUCUUUUGUAAGAUAAAAUACCAGCUGUUCAGUAUGACCAAAGAUGGAUAGGCCAAAAGCCUGGGCAUCAGGUUACAGGGAGGACAAGUGUGGCCAAUUAUUUGGAAAUUCUUUGUGUGUGAUUUUGCAACAGGACUUUGACCUAGGUAAAAAAAGUAAAACUGAUUGCUGGAAAACAAUCAUUUCUACUUCAUUUUAUUCAUUUUGGGUAUCCGACUAAAUCAUACUCAUGGUAGAUUAAGUCAUACUCAUAUCUGUUUGAUUUACUGUGUUCUAGUUUGUAGAGUUUAAUUUUAAAUUAUUUAUAUUUAUAUGCUUUUAUUAUUGCAUAUGUCUGUAUUUCUGGUCUGUGACCAUAAUAAAGCAAAAUUCAUUCAUUCAUUCAUGGUAGACCAUUGCUUAUUGACUUCAGUGGGUCUGCUCUGUGUUGGAUGCCACCUUUUAAGUCUCUUAAGUCUCUUCCUUUCCAAGUAAGGUCCUCUAUUAUGAUUAUGAUUAUUAUUAUUAUCAUACCCCGCCCAUCUGGUUGGGUUUCCCCAGCCACUCUGGGCGGCUCCCAACAGAGGACUAAAAACAGAAUAAAACAUCAAACAUUAAAAACUUCCCUAAACAGGGCUGCCUUCAGGUGUCUUCUAAAAGUCAGAUAGUUGUUUGUUUCCUUGACAUUUGAUGGGAGGGCAUUCCACAGGGCGGGUGCCACUACCGAGAAGGCCCUCUGCCUUCUUUAGAAAUAAUUGUUCAGCCACUGACAAAACUUUAGAAUAUUAGAACUUGAUUUUGUCUUCUGAUCAGCUCUUUAAUAUUAAACACAACAAUAAUAAUGUAGUAGAUUGCCUUAUCUUUCCUUUGUGGUCAUCAAUCUGCAUAAUUUCAGCUUUGUGGGAAAGAUAUUAGGUCUACAGAACAGUGCUUGGAGAUGAAUAAUGGAUAAUGUCACUUUUUGUAAACAGAGGCCACAUUCGCACGAUAAAUUUAAAGCCCUGGUGUGCCAAUUUCACAGUUUGAAUCCUGGGAACUGUGAUCUGUUAAGGGUUGUGAGGCGGCCACAAUUCCAUCCCUCCCACUUCCCAAGCUACAAUUCCCAGAGUUUCCUGUGGAGUUAUUGUUAAACCACUCUGGGAAUUGUAGUUCUAUAGGAGGUGAACGGAGGUCUCCUAACAGGCGUCAGCACUCUUAACAAACUACAGUUCCCAUGGUCCUUUGCGGGGGCGCCAUGACUGUUAAAGUGGUAUAACAGUGCUGCAAAUCUAUUGCACCAAGGUUAAGGAAAGCUGAGAUACAGUGAUAGGGAAUGUUUCACCUGUUCAUUCCUCCUUGUAAUUCAGAUAAUAAAGGCACAGAAUCUAUGUGCUAUGGACAAGUGGCACAGCAUUCCCUUCAACAUUUCUCCAUUGAAAAUAGGGACAUCCCAUUCCAUUACAACAACAACAAUUUUAUUAUUUAUACCCCAGCCCGUCUGGGCUUCUUGCAACAUACCAUUCCCUCCAACAUUUCUUGGAUGAAAAUUGUUGUUGUUUAGUCGUUUAGUCGUGUCCAACUCUUCGUGAUCCCAUGGACCAGAGCACGCCAGGCACUUCUGUCUUCCACUGCUUCCCGCAGUUCGGUCAAACUCAUGCUGGUAGCUUCGAGAACACUGUCCAACCAUCUCAUUCUCUGUCGUCCCCUUCUCCUUGUGCCCUCAAUCUUUCCCAACAUCAGGGUCUUUUCCAGGGAGUCUUCUCUUCUCAUGAGGUGGCCAAAGAUGAAAAUAGGGAUGUCCUAUUCCAUUAUUAUUAUUAUUAUUAUUAUUAUUAUUAUUAUUAUUCUAUUUAUACCCCACCCAUCUGUCUGGUUUGCUACUCUGGACUGCUUUCAACAUAAAAACAUAAUAAAACAUGAAACAUUUUUUUAAAAAACCUUCCCUAUACAGGAUCCCCUUCAGACAGCUCAGGGGUCAGAUAACUCCAUACCCUCCAACGUUUCUCCAAUGAAAAUAGGGACAUCUUAAGUAAAAGAGGGACAUUCCAGGAUCAAAUCUGAAACCGAGAUGGCUUCUGUAAAUCUGGAACUGUCCCUGGAAAAUAGGGGCACUUGGAGGGUCUGGCACAGCUUCACUGCACAUUUUCCAAAACAAAAACAAGCAUAUAUUGAUUCCCAUGUUCAUCUAUAUUUGAAGAGAUUGUGAAAUUACAGUUACAUGAUACCAAAGGCGCGGAACAAUUUCAAACCAACUCAGAUUACACAUUGAAGAGAUUUGUCAGUCUUUUUGCAACGAGCAGAUAUUAUUUUUCAUCAUUCUACCUGUUUUGCAAAUUUUGUGUGUAUUUUUAGAAUGCUUGCCCUUUUCACUUGGAAGAUAAAGAACUUGCUCAACGUUCUCAGCCGUAUAAAAUCACAUUCAGCUUCACAGUUGUUGAAAAAAGCUCAGCUUUACUUUCAGAGUAUGGAAACUCCCCUAUAAUGAAAGGGGGGACAUUAAUUUUCUAUGUAUAGAAAAGAUCAGAAUUAUCCUUAAUAAUUCUGAAUUAACACUUUCUUAUUUUCUUUUCUAAACACUUUUAAUUUAUAUCCUGCCCUUCAGUGUAUGCUAAAAAUUCCCAAGUUGCCUUACAAAAGACAACCUGAUCACUAUGAGUAGGUUAUGGGCCCAUAUACACAAUGGAACUUCAUAAAACCAUAGAGUUGGAAGUAACUUCUGAGGGUCAUCUAUAGCCCAACUCCCUGCAAUGCAGGAUUCUCAACAUAUGGUUCCCCCAUCCAAUUUGAAACCAUAGCAGACCCUGCUUAGCUUUGCAAAUGUGCUGGCGGUUUUUCUUUUUAAUUGUUGCACCAUUGGGGGACUUCAAAACUUUAGGGUCUAUAUAUAUUGCUAAUGUCAGGUCUUUAUAUAUUGCAAGUGAUUCUUGCACCAGAUUUCAAAUUGUCAGCUCAUAGCAUUUCCAUAUUGGUGACCUAGAGAACCAUUUUCCAUGACAGACUGAGCUCCCAUUGCUCUGUCUGAACUCCUGCCAACCUAGAAGUUCGAAAGCACACCAGUGCAAGUAGAUAAAUAGGUACCGCUGUGGUGGGAAGGUAAAUGGCAUUUCCGUGCACUCUGGUUUCUGUCACGGUGUCCCAUUGCACCAGAAGCGGUUUAGUCACACUGGCCACAUGACCCAGAAAGCUGUCUGUGGGCAAACACCAGCUCCCUCAGCCUGAAAAGUGAGAUGAGCACUGCACCCCAUCGUUACCUUUGACUGGACUUAACCGUCCAGGGGUCCUUUUUCUUUUAAUGCUGCCUCUGCAGAGGCCAAGGCAUGACUGUGGCAGUACUUGCCUGCUUCUCUUCUCGCUUACCCCAACCCCAAAUUCCUCACCACAGGGAGACGGGGUAGCAACCAAGGUAGGGGGUGGUUCUGUUAGCACUGUACUGCCGAAUGGCAGCCACUGACAUUAGUGUCCCACAUACACACAGCUGGUACAUACAUUGUACACAACUGUACAAUCUGCCAUAAGAACCUGCUACACAGUGGUACCUCGGGUUAAGAACUUAAUUUGUUCUGGAGAUCCGUCUUAACCUGAAACUGUUCUUAACCUGAGGUACUACUUUAGCUAAUGGGGCCUCCCACUGCUGCUGCGCCACCGCCGCACGAUUUCUGUUCUUAUCCUGAAGCAAAGUUCUUCACCCAAGGUACUAUUUCUGGGUUAGCUGAGUUUGUAACCUGAAGCGUCUGUAACCUGAAGCGUCUGUAACCUGAGGUACCACUGUAUAAUUCUGUCACUAGAUUAUAAAAUGUUUUCAAAGCCUACAUUUGAGUUUAAAUUUAAAUUUAAAGUCAGUGGAUAGGUCAGUUGGUUAGAGCAUAGUGCUGAUAAUGCCAAGGUUGCAGGUUCAAUCCCCAUACGGGACAGCUGCAUAUUCCAGCAUUGUAGGAGGGUUGGACAAUGAUCAUCAGCGUCCCUUCCAACUUAAUUCCAUGAUUCUAAAUUACCACACACAGAGACAACACUGUGGGACGGCAGAAUUAGGAGCUUCGUUAACUAUGGAGGCCAAAAAUUGGGAUCCCCUCCAAACUGCUGACAAAUUUUUGCAGGGUUUCAUAGCAAAGAAAACACAUUUUGCAACACGUGUCCCCCCAACUGAGUAUUCGAAAUUUCAGGGUUUGUGGUUAAUUAAGCUAACAUCUGGUAUAGUAUAGCAGCUAAGGACAUUGAGGGAAAGUUUGAAGCCAGCAAGAGAGAGCUCUGUUACGAUUUAGGUUGUGAUCUAGGUGACCUCAGGCCAGCUAAUUCUUCGCAGCCUUGAGCCCUCAUCUGUAUUAUGGGUACAAGUUAUAAAGUCUUCCCUUUACAGUGGCAGCUGCAUGGGUUACAAAGGAAAAGCUUUAAAUGCUACAAAACUGCUAAUUAUUCUGAUGACGGCAUCUCAAUGAACAUUAAAUGAGGGGUACGGCUUAAAGAUGUCAGGGAUUUAUAUUUCACCUCUUUAAAAAUAACUACUACCAUUGCGCAUUAAAGAACGCCAGCAAAUAUGAUUUGCGGGGGGGGGGAGGAGGUUGGGCAGUUAACGGUUAAUCUAUGGCAUGCCAAGUGUGCAUAUGAUUACGACAAAGAAUUGGCAGCUGCAGAAGGAAAAGGGCUUGUGUUCUGCCGUUCAAACUUGUCAGUCAACUCAUGCCAGUAUUCUGGACGUCUGCCUCCCCAGCACACCCUCAUUACAUGUGUCUGUCUGAGCCGACUUGCUCAUCUGUUUGGAGACACACCACAUAAGUCGGGAAUUCUCCCUCCUCUGUGGGAAUUAGAUCAUAACCCUUCAGAAGCAUUUGCCUCGUCGCGCUCCUCCUCCUCUUCCAUACGGGAAACCUCUGUGCCUAUGUAGUGUUUCUUUGUAGAUUUCAAAACCUGUGUGUUUGUUUGAUUUCUAGAAUGGAAGAAGCUGAACUGCUGAAGGAAAGAUUUCAGGCCAUAACCGUAAGUACUUCUUCUCUAUAUCAGUCUUUGUGUGUGCUUGUGUGUGUCUUGUAAUAUCUGUCUUGUAAUAUAUAUUUUAGAAAAUCAUUAUCAAAGCUGCUUAGAGGUUACUAAGGUGGUUGGAACGUCUCCCUGUUCUGUAUGAAACCCUUCAUUUCUGUCCUUAUUUUGUUCCUUUUUGUAGACUACAAACUUUGGGCAGUCAGCAGAAUUCUGCGUAUGACUUGCAUUUAUGGCAGGAACAUAAAUUUGACCAUUAGCUCCCAGGCGCUGAAUGCCAGAGAUGUAGGAGUCAGGCAGUGUUUUAUAUCAGGCAUAUGUGAUGCUGUCAUUAAGACCAAGUGGCUCAGUGAGUGUGCAUCUGUGCAUUAAUUUGAAGGACACCAGGUCAGAAAGCUAAGAAUGAACUGGAACAAGGAAAUUCCAUAGUUUAAAAAGAAAAGAAGUACCCUGGGCAAUUAAUCUUCUGCUUAAUUAAAUGAGUAUUUGUUGGUAGUUCAUGGGAACACCAACAUUCUGUGUGUGUGUGUGUUUUAAAGGAGUAUGAUAUGGGAAAUUCAAUUCAGUUCACACUAUGGUGGAGAUAUUUUAUUCAUAAAGAACCCAGCGCUUGCAGAAAGUUGUCUCAGAACUGUGCUAUUCUUAAGAGGAAGAACGACAACUAAUAGCAUUGAUGUCUAGCUCCCUAUUGAUCUGAUCUAACCCUCAUUCUCUCAUCUCAUGACAGGUUUGGGCCGGUAGAUUAGUUCACUGGCUAUUCUUUAAGGGUAGAGCUAUGAUUGGCUGUGGGUGGCAUCAUAGCACAAUAAUGAUUAUGUUCCUUUGAAGCGCUACUAAAGCUAGACGCAACAUGCUUUGGAAGAAUGAGAAAGCUCUUUCUGACAUUUUUGUUUCAUGCUUGUUCCCAUUGCUCCCAGUGCUUCCUUUGCUUACACAACUAAAGAGCUGAUGGUUAAAGAACGAAAUAAGUAAAUUCAGCUGUUCUUUAACUUUCAGGAGCUAUUUAUUUCACAACCCUUGGUUCAAACUCUUUUUUUGUUUCUCCAUGAAUAGCAAGACUUCUUGCUGGUGAACUGGCAUCACUAUCAAACGACUCCAUAGUCAAGCUUGCAAAUGCAGCCACUGGCAAUGUACCCAUUACCAACUUACAAGACAACUUGGUCAUUCUUUUUCUCAAUUCAGAUCAAAGCUGGUUUGGGGCGAAAAUGCAGCAAAACACAGUAUUUCAUAGGAAAUGUCAGGAUAGAUAAAGGAUAGUGGCUAAUGUCAUACAUCCAUUGCUUCCCAUACAUCCAUUGCUGCAAAAAGGCACUAGAUGCGGGCUGCUCACUUUGUAGCCCAUGAAUAAAGAGAUCUGCUGCGGAAAUAUUUUCUUCCUCUUUUUUUUAAGAUGGAAGAGAGUCAAGCCUUCCCCAUUCCACUUUUCAGACCACAAGUGACUUAAUUCAUGGUGCGCAAAUAUUUGCAGGCUAGUAACUUUUAUGGGCUUGUUUGCAAGGUUGUUCACAAGAAACAUAGAGGAUUUCUUCCCGCAUCCAUAGGAAUGUAAAGGAGAAAUGUUGCUUUCUGCUCUGAGCCCAUAGCAGUAGUAUAACACUAGACAACUCAAAAUAAAAAAUAAAUCCUUCCAGUAGGACCUUAGAGACCAACUAAGUUUGUUAUUGGUAUGAGCUUUUGUGUGCAUGCACACUUCUUCUUCUUGCAUGCACACGAAAGCUCACACCAAUAACAAACUUAGUUGGUCUCUAAGGUGCUACUGGAAGGAAUUUUUUUAAAUUUUAUUUUGUUUCGACUACGGCAGACCAACACAGCUACCUACCUGUAACUAGAACUAGACAACUCAGUUGGUCAAGCGCUGUUGAUACAGUGCCAUCAAUAUACAUGACUGCUUGAUACGAUACAAGAGGACAGGUCCUUGCUUUUGACAGCUUGCAGUCCAAAAUUCAAUAUGGAGGAGACAAUAGGGGAAAGUAUAGGAAAAGGAGGCAGGGGUAUACCAAGGGAAAAUGCAUGUUUGUUUCCAUUACAUGUAAAUAGACUUGGUUACAAUAGGAUGCUGACACUUGAGGUUGUGCCAAAGGCUUCAUGGGAAAGCUGGGUGUGUUAAGAAGGGGUUUGAAGAAAGAGAGAGGGCCUCAAGAAGGUAUGGGGGGGUUAGGGGAGGUAAGAUGGAGGAAAGAGGGGGAGCUUUUUCAGGCACCCAAGAAGUAACUGAGGAACCUCACUACAAGAAGCUUGACCAGGCAUCUUCAUCCACAAUCCACUGCAGAUGAGAAGUUGGCUUGUUGAUUCUGGCUGGUCCUUACAUUACUACACUUUCUAAGCUAUUAGUCUCAACAUUGGCUAUGUUCUGGUACCCUUAUUUAGCUUGCUGCUUUUGAAAGAUUUGUGCUUAUAUGGCCCUUUAGUGAUAAUAAAUGCAAGUUAAUAUAGAAAGUGGUUUGAUUAAACACAUAGAUUUCUUGCUGGAAAUGAAUGAAGUUUUCUUAAUUAAAAAAACUGGCUGAGAAAUGCAACAGCUUUUAAGCUUUAAAAGUGUGUCAACUGACAUAUAUUGAAAGGGGAUGGAAUAAAGGCUAAUGCAUUAGUGGAACUUAAUAGCUGAACAAUAAUUCUUUCGUUGCUGGAAGAAGCUCAAUUCCUUUCCUCUCACUGCACUGUCAAAGGCCUAUUACAUAUAAUUUUUCUGUUUCGUGAAAGGUUCCUAGUAAGAAAGGCUGGAUUAAACAACAACAACAACCCCCACUAUGCUUCUGGAAUUUUCUGUGACUACAAGCCAUAUCUAUAUAAGAUCCCACAAGUCAUUUCAAUGACUGUAGUGAGAUGUGGAUUUUUUAUUUCAACAACAACAAAAAAUAUAUUAGAAGGAAAUUCCACUUGUUUCAGUAGGACAUAUUUUCUUCAAAUAAUUGUGCCUAGGUUGCUGGUAGCUAGUUUGAUCAUUAGGGGGAAUAGGAUUGCUUUAGCAGAUUGCAAUGGUAAAACUGGAAGUUUGGAAAAGUAGUAUCUCAAACUGUGCUCCAAUACACACAUUCAUGCCAUUCCCAGCAGUGGUACCACAAAUAUAUAUAUAUAUAUAUAUAUAUAUAUAUAUUGUUAGAAUUCCUGCUCCAUGAUUGCAGUUAUGGGAUUUUUGUCUAUCACAUGACGGUAUAUGUUUUGACUCCACAGAGUGGGAAGUGACGGAAACAGGAUGUUUGUGUUACUGUGUUCCAUGAAGUGUGACUAUUGUCCUUUGUUCUUUCUCUUUGCUGUCUGAUGCUAGAGAGAGAGGGAGCCAUGUUGCAGUGCUCCGUGUGUGUUUAUAUGUAAAUAAAGUAGAUUAGCCCAAAUGCUGAGUUGCUGAGUUCUGUUACGCAAGCUGCAAACAUUCUGCGAAUCCCUAAGUGUGCCGGUGUCUGUUGGCAUAGGUCGCUGUGAUGUUUGGGCAGAAGAAAGCUUUUGAAGCUCCCAAACGAUUGACCAGGAGGGAGGGAACAUGCCAGUCGGGCAUGUGUCUCUGCCAGGGUCCUACUCGAGAGUAGAACAAGCUCCUAACAUAUUUACCGUAUUUUUUGCUCUAUAAGACUCACUUUUUCCCUCCUAAAAAGUAAGGGGAAAUGUGUGUUCGUCUUAUGGAGCGAAUGCAGGCUGCGCAGCUAUCCCAGAAGCCAGAACAGCAAGAGGGAUUGCUGCUUUCACUGCGCAGCAAUCCCUCUUGAUGUUCUGGCUUCUGAGAUUCAGAAUAUAUAUUUUUCUUGUUUUCCUCCUCCAAAAACUAGGUGCGUCUUGUGGUCUGGUGCGUCUUAUAGAGCGAAAAAUACGGCAUAUGGGCAGGGCACAUGGGGGGGGGCUAGUUUAGUUUAUUUCAAUUAUUUAUCCCUUCACACAACUGAAAGGAGUCCCAAAGCUAUUUACAAGAAAAUAUAAAAUUACAUGAUACAAUAUCCCUAAGUAUGCAAAAAAAAUACUAAAAUUUUUUAUCCAGAAUAAUCAAAAACAAGAAUAUCACCUCCAACACACUGCCGUGAACUUCUAUGGCAGGAGUCACCAAUGGGCCUGUAGGCACACAUGUCUUUCUCUGGCGCCCACUGAGUCCCUUCAACCGCCUCUCUCCUCACUGAAAUUCGGCUUGAAAGAAGAAUUCUGUUGUAGCCGGUAGAUUAGAUUGAAUUAUGUGCUCAUCUGUGGUACGUGUCUGGUGCCCACAACAGCUUCUCCAGUUUGAAAAUGAGCCCACGUGCCCAAAAAGUUUAACGGUCCCUGCAAUACAAAGUAGUGGUAGCAUUGCCUUACGGAAAUCCCACAAAACCUGAUGGAACACCUUCUGCUCUCUCUAUAUUGUACCCCAGUGUAAAACUCAUUAUCACUUAGGGCAUGUCUGGAUAUACUUAAUACGAGUGGUGAUACAUUGCUAUAUAUUCCAGUAUAAAACUCCACAAUUUAUCCAUUACUUUUCACUUUGGGAAAAGUAAUGUGUGCAGUAAACUAACUCUGGAAUUGAGCUCACCUUGUUUCGGUCAGACAUACCACCUUAGCUUAAGUGGUGAGCUCAAGAGAAUCCUAUUUGCCCCCCCAAAAAAGGGGCUGAUCACUGUUCUGAUUGGUUGGCCCUCAUAGUGAUCUUCCCCCACACCGCCUCACCAAAUACCCCUAAUUUCCUUAGAAGGGAAAUCCAGCCUUCCUGGAGUCGGGAGAGUGAGCAAAGAGAAAAAUUAAAUUGUCCCUGGAUUUGGAGCCAAGAAUGUGCCAUUCGUUUCUCGAGCAAAAGUGGGGGGGAAAUCUGAGAUCCUUUUGCAGGAUACUGUGAAGGUAUAUCUGGAGGCAUGCUCUGAGUUAGGAAAAAGAGCUCUCUUUGGGAGUUUGCUUUUAAUCUACAAAGUCAUUUUGAUGACCUACUGCACCAUUCAUGGCCAAAUUAUUUCAAGGCCCUUAAUAUAGUGGCAUUCAGAAGAAAGGAAGGCAUGAAGUUCAGAGACUGGCAGCAGGAUGUUCUUGAAAUCUGGAUUAACUGAACCGUUCAAAAUUGCUACUGGGGGCGUACCUUAGUAAACAAAGUUUAAAAAUGGAACGACAACACCAGCUAUCAUUCUUCUCUCAGAUAUGUUCAGCUGUUUCUCUCAGCAAGAUGCGGAAGUAGAAGCAGGAGGCCCUGCUAAAAGUAUAAACGUUAUAAGGAUACAUGUAAAUACAGGCUAGCAAACUAUUUACAUCCUAAAUGCUGUUUAUAGUUGCGUUAUGGGAUGUGUGCCAGAAAUAACUCCUAUCUGCAAUGAAGAUUAUUCCAAGUCUCUAGACAAUCAUGGGAACAGAGCCCAACCUGGUUGCUAAAUUUUCUGUAACUGAAAUUACCUCAGUUAACACCACCCUUGCUGUUUCUCGCUUGUAAAUAUGUAAAGAAAACAGAAGCAUAUUUCGGGACUUGAAAGAAUUGCCUCCUGAAAUUUGAAUUUGUUUCCCUGGUGACUGAUAAAUGAAGGGAAACAAUCGUUUAAUAGUUUUGCAUGCCUAAACCUUUAAUACUAGACACAGCUGGUAUGUACUAAAAAGAAAAUGAUAUGUUGAAGAAGAACCCUGAGAUUUGUUCUCGAUAGAGAUGGAUUUAAAACUAUUUUAGCAAUCCUUUCCUCUUCCUAGGGAAACCAGGAAGUUGCAGUUCUGUGAGGUGGCAUUCUCUAAAUUCUCACUAAACUGCCAUCUCCAGGGUUCUUGAGGGAAUCCACAACCAUUGAAGUGGUAUUUAAAAAUUGUUAUGUUUGUAGUGUAGAUAUGCCCAGUGACUUCCUUUCCUUUUCAUUUUUUCUUUGUUAAAUGAAAGCAGAAAAAGGCAGACAACUCCCACAUGCCCAUCUCAAGCACUUCAAAUAGCUUCUAAAAUCUAAGACCUCAUUUCUUACUGCACAAAGUUUUCAUAUUCCAAGAUAUACUGUACAUUUUAUUCUCUUUGGUUUUCUACGAUUUUUGUAAUUCGCAGGACAAGAGGAAACUUCAAGAAGAAAUCACUCAGAAACGCCUUAAAGUUGAGGAAGAAAAACUAAAACAUCAGCACUUGAAGGUAACCUGCCCAUGAGGAGACUCAAAUAAUUUUCUUCUUUUCUUUUUUGGAAAUCCACUGCUUAAAAAUGUAAGAAGUCGUUAAUAAGAGUAUCAACAAUUAGCUUAUACAGGUGUGUACAUCCCUUGAUUUCUCUACACUGGAUGUCUGUUAGCUCAAUAUUUGACCUGAGUUGAUUGAAAAGCAGCUUUUCCCCAAGCAGGUGUACAAACACACACACACACACACACACACACACACACACACAUGACUACAAUUCCCAUCAGCCCCAGACAGUACGGCCAAUGGUCAGGGAUGAUGAGAUUUGUAUUUCAAAAUAUCUGGAGGACAUCAGGUUGGAGUAUAUUGAUUUGUGGUGUCACAUCUAUAUUGGCCCAUUCACACAUGUAAGUAAUCACUUGACAAAUAUGUAUGUGUGAACCAGUCUGACACAAGUGUCCUGUCUAAUCAAUACAGGUCCAGUUACAUACAUUCUUUCCUUCACAAAUCUAAACAUUUCUUUAAUUUUUGCAGUAUGAAUGUCAUCUUUAUUUAGGUGUGCAGGUGAAUUUUGAGUUUUACUAGCUAGAAAACAGAGUGCAUUAGUUAAUAAUUGUCAACCUGGGCUCCUUUGAGAGGAAAGGCAAUAUAUAAUUUUAAUUAAUAAAUAGCAGCACUGGGCAUUUUUUUAAAGACUUGAGUUGUUUAGUGAUGGUUUAGUGAUGGCCAGAAAUAACUAUUUAAUAGAAGUACAACUGCACGUUUUUCAGACAAAUCAGGUCCUCCCUUAAAGAGGGCACGUGUUGCGGUGAGAUCUGGCAACCAAACCCUGUGUUGAGGGUGGGUACGAUUGGAUAGCCACAAUACCCAAUUGGUAGGUCCCUUGAUGCUGGGUUUAAUCAGGCCAAUGGGAUGCAGGCUAAAUGGAUAAAGGGACCUAUAUAUACCUAUGCACGUGACCCAGAACUUCCUCUUUCGGUGCAUGCAUUGGAAAACCCGCCCACCUCUCCCUACUUUUAGGGUUUGUUGCUCAUGACCUUGCUAUGCCGUCGUCUGUCGUUGGGACAGGGGCACAGUAGGAAUUUCCCCACUUGGCUGAUUGGCUGUUGCCAUUUGGGUUUCGCCUGCCACGUAGCAAAUCAUCACAACUUUUAAGGUUGUGGAUAGGCACUGGUUCAGGUGAUAUGUGAAGGGUAUUCCGUUAAAGGAAUCCAGGGACUCAGUGGUUUGGUCAACCCUGUGAGGGGGUUGUGCCCAUGCCUGAGUCCAGGGGGACAUCUGGGUGGUGGACAUAGCCUGUUCCUGGCUUUCUGCCUAACGGGUGUUCACCAUAGGCUGACCUAUGCUGGUGCCCUGGGUCAGCGCUACCUGCAAUGGUGCAGGGAGCUAGAAGAACCAGAGCCUAUGCAACCACUCACUUGCUGUAAUCAAUAAAGUUGUGGCCUAAAUUCUGCCAAAAACCAAACAAAAAUUUGAGUCUUGUCUGAAUUUAUUUAAGGGGGAGGUUAAAAGGUCUGAACAUGCAAAGCAUUUUCAAUUUAGUAUUGACUAUAGACUCCAUAACAAUGGGAUUCACCAAAGCAUUAAAUAAAAGAUUCUUCUAAAAUCUUCAGGCAGUAACUUGGUGUAUCUGCCAAAUGUUUAAUCAAUUAACUUAAUGGUCCUACAUGAAAAGAUGUUCUGCCCCUGCUUCCCACGCACUACAGAAGCACCUACAGAUGUCAAACUUGCCAAGUUCCUUGGUACAAAAUCCCAAUUACCGAUGGAUCAAAUGGCCAGCCUCAUAUGAAAAGCUGAGCUUUUCAAGGACAGCUUGACAUUGCUUGUCAGAUGAAGAACGAAACAAUAAAAAAUAAAAACUCACAGUGCUCAUUUGUUGACAGUAGUCAAAACAGUGUCACAAAAAUCUCGGUACAAAUUGUGUCCUGACUAGAGGCUCAGUAGCAGGACGUGGUUGUCGAGGUCAGUGAGAAAGUGCAAGAACUGCAGAAGUCACAAAAGUGAUCUCCAGGUUCUCCAUCAGUUCAGCAGUGAAAAGGUUGAUGCUGCUGUGGCUAUCAUGGCUGGGCGCAUUGAGUGUAUGCAGCAUCACGUAUAUACAGUGGUACCUUGGGUUAGGUACUUAAUUCAUUCUGGAGGUCCAUUCUUAACCUGAAACUGUUCUUAACCUGAAGCACCACUUUAGCUAAUGGGGCCUCCCGCUGCCACCACACGAUUUCUGUUCUCAUCCUGAAGCAAAGUUCUUAACCCGAGUACUAUUUCUGAGUUAGUGGAGUCUGUAACCUGAAGCGUAUGUAACCUGAAGCGUAUGUAACCCGAGGUACCACUGUACAUUGAAUGCCUGAGCAAGGGUCCCGCGUAGAACUGUAUGCCCAGAAGCAUCUCUGCAGACAAUCUAGAACCCUUGACUGUGCAGGGAUCUCAACUGUGAAGACACAGCGUUCUGCUCAUUCAGCUGGACAUGCAAGGAACCUAUCCAGGCAUUCAGUAAACAUGGGUGGAUUAAAAAGAUGGAACCUGCUGCUCCCUAUCCACACAUGUCCACCGCACAGCAAAUUUCAGUGUACAGAUUAGAAGGGAUAGGAGUGGGUAACAUGUGUCCUCCAGACAUUGCUUAACUACACUUCCCAUUACCCCUGACUUUUGACAAUGCUUGGUGGACCUGUUGAGGGCCAGAAGUUGCCCUUCCCUAGAGUAGAAGAAUGAUAGCAUAACACCUGAAAAGGACUUCUUUGUGUUUUCAGUUAUGACAACCAUCCAGCAGCCACUACCCUCCCCUUAUUCAUGGGUGCUUAUAGCAGAGAAGUUGUGUCCUGCCAAAGACAAAAGGAUCAGCUGUUCUUCCUCUACUCAGAGGUCCAGGAUAUGGUUUAAUAUAGCUGUGGCACACCAGCUGCAGAAUGAUUGUUUGGGAGCCCUUAAGUUGCACGUGCAAAUGAGCAAUGACAAAUCUUUUUCUUAAGCCAUUGAGAAUCUGCAUUGUCUUUAACCAGUGAGAAGGGGUGCAUGGAGCCCUGGAGCUCUAAAAACCAGGAAGCAUGUCCCAUCAAACUGGUACACUACUUCUUUUGGACAGCUUCUUGUUUAAUUAACAUACCCAUCAUAUAAGCUUGCUUCAUCAAUUUUUACUGCAUCACUUCCACUGUUAAUGACCCAGACUGUGUUAUGUAGUAGACAGAAUUACAUAAUUUUAACAUAUUCUCGCUCUUAAAUGAGGUUCUCAUUGCUGUCACUCCCAUGCUUUCCUGUUUUACCCCCAUCCAACAGAGAAUUUUAAUAGUGUUAUUGCUAAUAAGUAUGAUUGCACAAAUUAUUAUACAGGGAUUUAGAUUCCAUUACAGUAUUUUGAGAAAAUAUAAUUAAAUAAGCUUGAGAGAGGCGUAAUUAGAAAGUGAUGAAUCGCUGUAGGAGCAAGGGUUUUCGUGAGCACGCUGCUCUCCAUACUAAAGAAAGGGCACAACUACUUGCCUACAGAUUGCAAAGCUGGAAACAAGGAAUCUCCCACCAACAUUAGUGCACAUCUCAUGGCUAGGUUCGCAUGUGAAGUCUCCAAGCACAUGAAAACAUGCUUGCUUUUGUGGAAUAAUUCACAUAACACGCUUAAUGACUGCAGCACUCAUUUAAUGGGUGUGAGAUACAACUUGUUGUUGUUUAGUCGUUUAGUCGUGUCUGACUCUUCGUGACCCCAUGGACCAGAGCACGCCAGGCACUCCUGUAUUCCACUGCCUCCCGCAGUUUGGUCAGAUACAACUAAGCCUCCUUUAAUGGCAAAUUACGUUCCUUGGAUGCUUUGCAGCCACAGGGGAGUGUCGUCGCUGGAACUAGAAAAACCCUGGAGUGGGUAUAGAAUAUGGUCAGCUAUCGGGAACAGUCAGUUGCUGAGCAAGAGGAGAGGAGGAGUUCAUAAUCAAUUGCUAGUGCUCACAGUCCCAACAUGACCUCUGUGAAAGGGACAAAAAGAUGGGAGGAGAAGAACAACGGAGAGGGCAUUGCUUGCCUUUUGCUCUUGGAGUCUUUUCGCAUAUACAGUGCUGCCUCAGAAGUUGAACAGAAUCCGUUCCAGAAGUCCGUUUGACUUCCAAAACGUUUGGAAGCCAAGGUGCAGUUUUUGAUUGGCUGCAGGAAGUCCCUGCAUUGGACGUUCAGGUUCCAAAGAACAUUCGCAAACCCGAACACUCACUUCCAGGUUUGCGGUGUUCAGGAGCCAGACACCAUUCAGGGAAGUUUUUAAUAUUUAAUGCUGUACUGUUUUUAACAUUUGAUUGGGAGCCGCCCAGAGUGGCUGGGGAAACUCAGCCAGAUGGGCGGGGUAUAAAUAAAAAAUUAUUAUUAUUAUUAUUAUUAUUAUUAUUAUUAUUAUUAUUAUUAUUAAAAAACAUUGAAGUCACAAGGCGUUCGUUCAACCAAGGUACGACUGUAUAUCGUUUUGUAAAGGAGGGUUACCCAGUGUGUAAAUGUGUAAAUGAGGGUAGUUGAAAUGGAAGUGGCAUCAUCUUUGGCCAUAUUUCCAUGAAAUAUGUUUUUUUAUUCUCUCAGACUUCUAGUGGGAACUAAUGGGACUGUGCUGUUAUGAUGUCGAGGAAGGCUUUGACAUUCGCUGCAAUAUUUUGAAGGGAAUGGGCUUUGAUAAUUGCUGUCAGAUGCUGCUUCAUAUUGUGUUUUAUUGUAUGUUGUUUUAGUUGUGUUAUACUGCAGUUUCUUUUUAAUGUUGUUACUCACUUUGGAAUCGCAAAAAUAUUUAUAAUUGAACAAUCAAUCAAUCAAAGCUCUUUACCAAUAAAUUUCAGGGAUAUGAGAAGGCAACGGUGAACAUUAUUAUCAGACCAGUUGUUGGUUGACUGCCAUGGCUCUGUUAGGCAGCUAAAUGCUACAUUAAGACCUCAGCUUUCAUGGCUACCUUUCCCCAGUUUGAGAGUGGAGAGAGCUGGAAUUGCAGUUGCUAUGCAACUACGGAAUGCAUUCCUUAACUCCUUCAGGGCAGCUCAGAGACCAUGUCCUUUGGUUGCCCAGCAAACCCUAUAUGUGCUUGCUAAAAAUAAAUGAGAACUGGACUGAAACUCUGGCACAAACAGGUUGGCAUCACUAGUAAAAGAGAACAAUACUGCAAGGGAAAACAAAAACCAAAAAAAGAAGUAAUUAUCUGUGAUUAUAAUGGCAGGCCAAGUCCAGGUGACAUAUCCCUGGAAGGAGAUGGGGGGAAACAGGCCUUAGGGAUGCUAUCUCCAUUUUAAUGACAUACAGGAGGGUCUUGCAGUAUAUUUUACAGGUCCUCUUCAUUUGUUAUGUCCUUUAUCCUAACUAAUGAGUAAAAUGUUCUCAUUGAGUUCCAGCUCAUAAAAGAAAUGUACUUGACUCUCUUAAGAAAUUGGUGUUGGGGCAGAAGAAUCUGUCUAGAGCCUUAAAAGGGAACCUUUUAGAUCUUUACCUCUUAAAGCACUGUAGGCACAUGUGAAACUUCAAGCAACAUUUACUUCACAUUAUGAAACGGUUGGCUCCUGAGGAAGUAUUGUGGGAAGUAUUUGCUUCCAGGCAUGCCUGGAGCCUGAUGGCAGAGGUCUGUGCUAUCUAAUGCCUCGGUGCCAAUAAUAUGGUGGAAUGUGAACUACGCUAGACAAAUGUAGCAUGCCAUCAUUGAGGCCAUUCUGAGAAUCUUAUCCCAUCAUACUGUGUUAGUAGCCUCUGUUUGGCAUAAUAUACUUGCAGCACCUAAGAAGCCACUCCAUAAGAGAGACAUCCUUUCUUUUUGAACCCCCUUUUUACAAGUUCCCCUAGAUUCCUGGUUUGAGGGCCACCCAAGGAAAUUCCUACAAAAGCAGCCCACGGUUAAGACUAUUUCUGUACAAGUAGCCUCACACUGGAAAGGGGAGGAGGAAAGAGGAGGAUGGCAGAAAUCAGAUUGUUUGUCAUGGAGCAAGAAUAUUAAAUAUAAUCAUUCAGAUGAUCUGCUCAUGAAGCCAAGAUAUGAGCCUUUGGGCCAUGUACAUAGCCCUUUCAAACCUUCCUUCACUUGAGGUGGCAAUCAAACCAGGAAGUCUCUAACCAUAGUUUCCCAUUUCAUCCAAACCAGGAAACUAUGGUAUCAGAACAGGAUACUGAGCCUUCAAACCAUGGGUUAAUAUCCUGAUUUGUUCCAUACUGUUGACCACAGUUUCCCAGUGGAAAUGAAUGAAACAGGAACCUAUUCGUUAAUGGAAGGCUUCCUGGCUUUUUCGCUUGCUCAGAGGGGUUGUAUGCAUAGCCAAAAGGCUUUUUUAAGCCGAGACAUGAAACUUCUGAAUGUCACCACUGAGUGACCACAGCUUCUUCAGCCUUGCAGAUGCAUAUCUGGCCUGUGGUAAAACAAUUUGGUUGUUCAUCAAGGUUGAGCCAAUGCAUGCUUGAUAUGGGAAUUUGUGCCAGAUGUGUGGCAGUCGAAGGAAACUGGUAAUGAGAUUCUUUUAAAAUAUGUUAAUAUCUGUAGAAAAAAGCUCUGCGUGAGAAAUGGCUCUGGGAUGGAUUAAAUACUCUGACUCCAAAAGAACAAGAAGAAAUGCAAAACCAGAAUCGAGAGGAUCAACAACGGAUGAAUGAGCUGGAACAAAAUAUCCUCAGGUACAGCACAAAUUCUUCUUUUUAUUGCUCGGUUAUUAAAAGCUAUGUGAUCAGAUCACUUUUCUAUUCUUAAUGAGGAUUAUUGUCUCUGGGGCCAGCUAUUUGCCUUCUGCUGUUUCAAUAAUACAGCCAAAAUUUUCCCCCGAAAACACCUUGUUUUAAAAUAUCAUGUUCUGGAUAUGAUGCAAGUGGGUGAAAUUUCACCAUGUUUUUAAAAAUCAUUACUUAAAAUUGGCAGCAACCGAGCAUUUUAACAUUUAAAAUGACACUUCAGUCCCUGGUAUCUUCAGGUAGGACUGAGAACAACUGCUUAAAAUCCCGUAGAACCACGCCUAAUCAUUAUAGAGAAUGGAGAGUUGCAUAGGCCAAUUUCUGACUCGAUAUAAGGCAGCUUGCCAUGUUCCUGUGACAUUUUGAAUAGGACAGAGUUUUUAAAAUUCUGAUGUUCAACUAACAAUAAUGAAACAAGGAAUCAGAGUUGCCAAAACUGUUUCGACAUAUUUGCAUUCCCUAUGUUGCAACACCCCUACUUCAGUAUGAACGCUGGUAUCGCAAAGUGUUGACAUUCAUAUUGGUAGAGUAGAGCUCAAAUCUUGAAGUAAAGAAUUUGAAAUGGUUCUUUUUUAAAAAAUCUUUCUUCUACAGAACGUGGUUGGUUUCGAAUUCAGCAGAAGUACAGUCAUACCUCGGGUUACAGAUGCUUCCCGUUGCGCUUUUUUGGGUUACAGACCGCCGAAACCCAGAAGUACCGGAAGGGGUUACUUCCGGGUUUUGGCAGUCGCGCAUGCGCAGAAGCUCUACAUUGCACUUUGCGCAUGCGCAGAAGCACUGAAUCGCAACCCACAUGUGCGCAGAUGUGCCACUGUGGGUUGCGAAUGUGCAUCCCACACGGAUCAAGCAUCCACUGUAGUUAUUUUCCAUAUUCCAUUCAGUCAACUUUAAAGUGCACUCAGGGGUGUAGCUAGCUGUUCUGGCACCGGGAGCAGCGGGGGCAGGGCGAACUGCCCGCGGGGGAGCUGCAGCAAUCCGCACAUGGGGGCGCCGAACAGGGGCGCAGCAGCAAUCUGCCCACAGAGUCCACCUGGUUGAUGCAAGCCCCAUGCUGCCAUUUCUGUCAGCGAAGGGCCCUGAGCCACCACGUCACUCCCAGGAGAGAUGCAUGGCUUGGGGGCGCUGCAGGCCAGGCCCUGCUGUAAGUGCCGCCCCCCACAUUGUGCCAUAUUGUCACCCCCCCUCAAGGAUAACACCUGGGGUGGUCCGCACUGCACCCCCACACCCCCCUUCCUAUGUGAGGAGAAUCAGAACUUGCAGGGUUAAACAGUUCUGUGUGACGUCUCACAUUCUGAGGCGUGGUUUGGUUCACAUACGGGAAUCUUUUUUUUUUUUUUUAAGAUGAUAUUUAUUAAAGUUUCAAGGAAUACAAAAAUUACACAAAAACAAAAAGUGCAAAUACAAGAAAAUACAAAAUACAGAAAAAAGAAUAAAGUUUUUAAGAUAUAACAAAAAAAAUGAAAUAUUAAAAAAAACCAUACAAAAUAAAAACAGUUAAAAAACACGUUAAUUUUCCAUAACCUAUCUUUCUUACACUUAUUUCCCCGGACCUCCUCAUACCUCCCUUUUUUGUAUUCCAGUUCAGUUUGUUAGUUCAGCAAAUCCUUGCCAUUAAGCUUUUACCCAAUUGUAAACCUUUUUUCGUAUCUCUUAAAGCAUUACAGCUGGAAACCACUUAGUUUCUAUCCAACAUCCUUCUAAGAUUCCUUAAUUUUACAAUAUUUCUGUAAAUAGUCUUUAAAUUUCUUCCAGUCUUCUUUCACCGACUCUUCUCCCUGGUCUCAGAUUCUGCCAGUCAUUUCUGCCAAUUCCAUGUAGUCAAUCACCUUCAUCUGCCAUUCUUCCAGAGUGGGUAGAUCUUGUGUCUUCCAAUACAAGAUUCACAUACGGGAAUCUUCCUUUGUGUGUGAGUUUCCUUUCGUUUUUGGCUGAGAGACGAAAGAAUGUCCGCUCUCUCGCCGGGCUGAUUUAUGAUGUUUUUCUUCUCAUUAAAGGCUGUUAGAGAUUAGCAAGAAGCCUGCGUUCAGUCUGAUUUAUUAUCCACACACAAGGCAACACUUUCUACCGCUGCAGAACUCUGCUAAGGACUCUGCUAAGAGGUCAAGUUUUUCCUAUCGGCACAAGCGCCCAUCGGCACAGGGGAAGUGUGCCGGGCGCCAUCUUAUCUCAGCAUCCUAUGCCCCUGAGUGCACUACCUGGUCUACAUGCCUGAAAUUUGCCUCUCUGCCUGAGGUGCCCUAAUCACCUUGCAAUCAACGCAGGUCUCUCAGCAACCAUGGAAACUGGUUUCCCACAUGCUGUGAGUAGGAAGGACUUGGAGCGUGGAAUUAGCAUCAAAAGAAACCCCUGUAAUGUUGUUACCAAGGAGCACACAACAGCGCCUGUUUGGAUCCUCUGUGGUCUUAUUAGAACUUUCUCGGCAAAUUCUUUAGGAAAGAAUUCUUUAGAAGCCAAACACCUUAGAAACCUCAAAUCCUAUCCAAGGCUCAGUACAUAACAACAGGCAGAGCUAAAAACAACAUUGGCCGACGCUGGUGCGAUUUGGAGUUGCCCCACACAUUACACAAUGCAUUUUCAGUCCUGUGCAUGUACAUAUAUACGUGGCAGGAAUUUGCGGCCGGUAGAUGAUACGAACAAGAGAAGAUGUGUACCUGUUGUGAGCAUGUGUUGCCUUUCCUACAUGUACAGAUUUUUACCUGGAUGAGGCCUCUACAUGGCAAUGGGGAGGGGCACCACCCACCUCCCUUCGUGUAGUGCUGUUUCCCCUCCUCACCCCAGCCUGGAUGAAAGAUUAUUGACUUUUAAAACAUAAUUUGCUUUGUUUGCCAGCUCUUUCCUUUUUAAUUAUUUUUAUUUUGACCUUUCACACGCAGGACUCCUCCAAAUUGUUGUCACUCCCAGAAAGUCUGUUUUGAUGCAUAUACCCCCCCAAAAAAAAAUAAAUAAAGAAGAAGUACCCUGGCUUUUGUUGGAAUAGAUGCUAGCUGAUUCCCAACCAAAUGUCAUCCGUACAAAACCAGAAAGGUUAUCUGACAAAAGAGAUUCCGUUAACUCCUGGAUACAGAUAAUCAUGUAGCAAAUUAGACGCUACAUGGGGGGGGGGGGACAGGGACAAGCAAAUACCGCUUUAAUCAGUAUUGAUUGCAUCAGGCCAUGUUCUACUCUGUUGGCACAUUUACAGUGACUCAGUAACUGCUAACUCUUCAGUACUAUUUCUCACCGACGAUUCUGUGCAUCUUUUUUUUUUCUUAAGCAGUGUUAUCAAAUCAUCCAUUUUCAGAUUGAUUUGGCUGCUAAAAACAAGUAUUCAUGCCCAAGCUGAGUGAAAGUAUUUCUGUCCAUUUCCAAGAGAAUGUGAACUGCAACUCCUGGAAAUAAUACAUUGUUCUUGACAUUCAACUUUUAUGAAGUACCAACCCAACAAAAAGAUGCUGUACAAAAUACAAAAUGGAAAAACCCUCUCCCUCACCACACUGCUCCAUUCAGUGUUACACAGGGCAGAUAAGAGCACAGCUUUCCAAACUGUGUUUUGCGACACAUUAGUGUGUCGGCUGCAAUGUGUAAGUGUGUCGCGCGAAUGCUCCCUGCUCUCCUCCCGGGGCUAGAAAGGAGUUAGUUUAACCUCCGGUCUGCUAGUAAAACUGAAUUACCAUGUUGUGAAAUGAUGCAUGUCUGCAAAGUGAGUCACCAACAUGAAAAGCUUGGAAAACUGUGGAAUAGAGUGUGAGGCAAUUGCAUUUGAUGAUGUUCCCUUUGAAUAGCUGGCAAUGGAGGACAGCCCUGUCUCUUCAUUAUCCCAGCUCCCAUUUUGAGUAGGGAUGAAAGAAGGCAGCAAAUUCCAUUCUAAACUGUGUUCAUAACAAACAGCACUGUUUCCAUCCCACUGCAGUUUGGUUUCUGUCAAAUACUAUGUUAUCUGUCUCACUGUCCCGCUAUUUUACAUAUGUUAUGUAACUAUUUAGGUAACUAAUGUAACUUUCAUUCAUUUCAAUGUAAGAGAAGCAACAAAACAAUGUUCAAAAAGCUACUUAUUGUAUAUUGUUUACGGAAUUAAAGAACAACAUGCUUGAAUGCUGAGCAUAUUCGUUUGACUGGUUUCCGUUCCUGGUUUCCACAGACUAACCAUGCGAAUUGCAGAAAUUUCUGCUUCCUUUUCUAUUUUCCUCAGAAUUUUCUGACAUCCAUCACUUAGGGUAAAGAGACCCCUGACCAUUAGGUCCAGUCGUGGCCGACUCUGGGGUUGUGGCGCUCAUCUCGCUUUAUUGGCCGAGGGAGCCGGCGUACAGCUUCCGGGUCAUGUGGCCAGCAUGACGAAGCUGCUUCUGGCAAACCAGAGCAGCGCACGGAAAUGCCGUUUACCUUCCCGCUGAAGCGGUACCUAUUUAUCUACUUGCAUUUUGACGUGCUUUCGAACUGCUAGGUUGGCAGGAGCAGGGACCAAGCAAUGGGAGCUCACCCCAUCGCGGGGAUUCGAACCGCCAACCUUCUGAUCGGCAAGUCCUAGGCUCUGUGGUUUAACCCACAGCGCCACCCGCGUCCAUCACUUAGAGGGUCACUAAUCUCACCAAGCUGAUGCGACCCACAACAAAAUGUGGCAGACUGUCAUGUUCCUUAUUCAGUGCCAUUCUCCAGGAUACUUCAUUUCAUUCCUCCUCCCACAUAGUUUUCUGCAGUAUUCCAUGGUCACUGAGCAUGCUCAGUCCUCGUGGGGAUAUUUUCAGAGAUUUUUCGUAGCUUUACCAAACUUGGAUUCCUUCAGACCUGCAGAGACCUCCCUCUUGUGCCUAAACAUCAGAAAUAGGGGAAAUAAAACCACUGUUGCACUGCUGGAGAUUAGGUGGUACAUAGUAUGUUUUAUCUUGGCACCAGUUGGCACCAUUAACCCUUGCUUCUCCAAAUAUUCUACAUAAUGCAGACUUGAAAAAGAAAUUGAGGACCUUGAGAAAGAAGAACUGGCCAUCUCAGCUAAAGAAAAGGCCAUACUGAAGAAGCUUAAAUCGGUAGAAAGAACCACAGAAGAUAUUAUAAAGGUCAGUGUCUAAUUUUAAAGCCUUGCUACUGAUGUAAUCUCUGUCGCUUUGCAAAAAUAAUCAAUUGAGGGGGAGGCAGGGAUGAAGGCAAGGAAAUGUCACAGAGCUCCAGUGUGAAGUUCAGCAGGGGGAAAUACAGUAGGAGCGACUAAAACUCACAGUGGUCAAGCCCCUCCAAAACAUGCAGAUUUAUCGAGAUAUGUUAUGUCGAGAUUGCCACAGGAAAUGUUGCAUCACAUUUAUACCCUAAUCCUAGUAUUGGAAUAUUUGCACUUUGUGCUCUGAACUACAGCAUUAUUUUAGCAUUAAAAAUAGCUCAGGGUUAACUGUUGACUGUAUAUCUACGUUGGCAGAGUAUCAAGAACAUAUGGAGGGAGGGGGGAGCCUAACCUCAGAGAGGAAAAAUGCUCUCUAUGUUUAUUCACCCUUCAGUCAAAGACUGAACAAACACGCAAGCUUGCCAACGUGUCCUGAAAGUCAAAUAGGCCCAAAGGGGUAUUAUGCAAUCGCUUUUGUAGAGAGAAGCUUCUGCCAUCCAUUGCCCCAGAGUGGUCUAAUUGAAGAUGUGGCAAGGCAGAGAAAGUCAUAGACGAAAUGUUAUCUUGCAAGAACAGUUGCCAUCACACCCAGGAAUGACAAAUAUAUUGACCAAUUGCAUAUGCCUCAUAGGAAGGUAAAAUACCUUAACUAAUAACCCAGCAAAAUUAUUUUUCUUUUUGAUGUUUAUUAAAUUUGUAUACAGUCCUAUACCCACAGGUUUCAGGGCCAUUCACAAGAUAAAAUCACAAAAAUACAUAAUAAAAAUAAAGACAAAAACAACCCAAUUAUCCCCCCUCCCCAACACAUUAUAAAAGGGCAUCAGUUGUCAGUUAGCCAAAGGCCUGGUUAAAGAGGAACGUUUUUGCCUGGGACCUAAAUAUAUGUAACAAAGGGGCCAGGCAAGUCUCCCAGGGAAGAGACUUCCACAGUCGGGGGGCCACUGCAGAAAAGACCAAGUCUUGUGUUGCCACGCUCUGGACUUUUAGUGGAGGAGGCACACGAAGAAGGGCUUCAGAAUAUGAUCUCAGGGUCCAGAAAGGUUCAUAUGGAGAGAGGCAGUUCCUGAGGAAAUGUUGUAUAUAUAUGGAGGCUAUGGUGUAGCGAUUUACAGAAAUAUACAUAUACACACAUAUAUAUUCCACUGCCGCUACAUAUUCUGUAGCUGUGUGGUUGACAAGCUGUGACACUUUCAACCCUACUGGUGGUUAUUUACAAUACUUGCUUCUUCUUUUUUCUUAGUCUGUGAAGGUGGAAAAAGUAGAGACUAAAGAAGGUAUGUUCACUCAGAAGCCUAGAAUUUUACAUUAUUUGUGCCUAACAUUAGAGGUAAAAGUGGUUAUGUAUUAACCAUUCUCUCUUUUCACAGAGCCACCUGACUACAUUUAUGCCAACAUACCUGACCUUCCAAAAUCUUUCAGGCCUUCUGCACUUAAAAGGACAGGGCAUCUAGAAGCAGAGGAUGAUGAAGAAAAGCGAAAAGGUAAAAUUCAGCAAUGCAGUUAAAGAAAGGGUGUAGAUUUAUAAUGGGGUACAUCUAAAAUGGGGUACAUCUAAAAGGAAAUGAAAUGUGUAUUUGAAAUAAAUAUGCAUAGAUUAGAUAGAUGAUAGAUAGAUAGAGAUAGAUAGAUAGAUAGAUAGAUAGAUAGAUAGAUAGAUAGAUAGAUAGAUAGAUAGAGAUAGAUGAUAGAUGAUAGAUAGAUAGAUAGAUAGAUAGAUAGAUAGAUAGAUAGAUAGAUAGAUAGAUAGAUAGAUAGAUAGAUAGAUAGAUGAUAGAUAGAUAGAUAGAUAGAUAGAUAGAUAGAUAGAUAGAUAGAUAGAUAGAUAGACGGAUGAUAGAUAGAUGAUAGAACACAGAGAGAGACACAAAUCUUUUUUUUCUAGUCCAUGUAGCUCAGUAUUGUCUACUUCGACCUGUAGUGCUCUCCAGGGUUUGAUGCAUUUGACUAAACUUCUAAACAGACUUUUCUCAUAAGAGAUAUACAGUGGUACCUUGGGUUACAUACGCUUCAGGUUACUUACGCUUCAGGUUACAGACUCCGCUAACCCAGAAAUAGUACCUCCGGUUAAGAACUUUACUUCAGGAUGAGAACAAAAAUCAUGCAGCGGUGGCACGGCAGCAGCAGGAGGCCCCAUUAGCUAAAGUGAUGCUUCAGGUUAAGAACAGUUUCAGGUUAAGAACAGACCUCCGGAACGAAUUAAGUACUUAACCCAAUGUACCACUGCAUAUAUUUGAGGAUGUGUGGCACUGGCUACACACAAUGUUGUUUUGUUUGUUCUAUUUUGUUUUGCAUGAGUUCUGCGUGUGCUUCGUUUGCCAAGAAAAGAGUGUGAUGGUGAGCACACUAUUCUUCCUUGUCAAAGACACCUUGUUUCCAGAAUACUGCUAGCUAUAUCUGUUCCAUGUUCCCGAAUAUCUCAAAUGCUGAAAGGAGAGGAUGGGCAGGUUUUUAAUUAGCAAACAUUUUGAAACGCCCAGAGCUUGCCCUAGAGCAUUGGCAAAGACUGAACGCAAACCAGUGCCUUCCAGAUACCGACACAGAAAUUCAAGCUCAACCCCAUGGCUGAUCUUUAGCAAGAGCCAAAAUGACAAGCUGGAAGAUGUUCCCUUAAUUGCCCCUUUUGUUUCCUCAAACCUUGCAAGUUGGCAGAAGAACAUGAGGUCCAAUGAGUGUCAUUGUCUACCUUAACUUUAUUGUGCUAUAUCAAACUUGCACGUUAUCCCAGUAGCAGGAAUGGAAAUUGUUGUCUCAGCUCUGCUUAUCCAUUGCCACGGGUGGGGCAGGCUCUUGCUCUUCAGCAGCACUGCUUAAAAAAAUAAGUCUUGCUGAAUCACGCCAGAGGCCAAAGUAUCCCAGCUGCCUUAAACCAAGUCAGACGAUUGAUCCAUCUAGUUCAGCAUUAUCUUCACUACUGCCAAUAGCAUUUUGGUCUUUUCCUGCCCUAACCUGGAGAUGCCAGGGAUCUAGUGGAUACAAAGCACAGCCUCUACCCCUGAGCUUUGGUCCUUCCUGAGGAAUUGGUGCUUUCUGUUUUUCAGGCAAUGCCUUAGAGGUGUACGUGUGCUCAGAUAGGCUAGUAGAACGACUUCCUGUCUUGAAUUUAUUUGUAACAUUGAUUUACAAGCUCAGCCCUAUUGCCACCAGAACACAGAUAACCCACCAAUCUGUUCUGGCUUUUCGCAGAGAGGGAAAUGGUUGUUGUUUAGUCAUUUAGUCGUGUCCGACUCUUCGUGACCCCAUGGACCAGAGCACACCAGGCACUCCUGUCUUCGACUGCCUCCCGCAGUUUGGUCAAACUCAUGCUGGUAGCUUCGAGAACACUAUCCAACCAUCUCGUCCUCUGUCGUCCCCUUCUCCUUGUGCCCUCCAUCUUUCCCAAAAUCAGGGUCUUUUCCAGGAGUCUUCCCUUCUCAUGAGGUGGCCAAAGUAUUGGAGCCUCAGCUUCAGGAUCUGUCCUUCCAGUGAGCACUCAGGGCUGAUUUCCUUAAGAAUGGAUAGGUUUGAUCUUCUUGCAGUCCAUGGGACUCUCAAGAGUCUCCUCCAGCACCAUAAUUCAAAAGCAUCAAUUCUUUGACGAUCAGCCUUCUUUAUGGUCCAGCUUUCACUUCCAUACAUCACUACUGGGAAAGCCAUAGCUUUUACUAUACGGACCUUUGUUGGCUAGGUGAUGUCUCUACUUUUUAAGAUGCUGUCUAGGUUUGUCAUUGCUUUUCUCCCACAGUAUUACAGCAGCUGUUUGUUUGGACCUCCAUUCCACACCCCCAUCCUUGCUUUAAACCAUUGCAGGUAGCCGAACAGUAAGACCAAGAGCUGCCUCUCUAGUCUUUAAAGGACAGGCGGCAUAUAGCUCAAACCAGCAAGGAAAAGAUAGGGAGAGGGCUGGAAAAGGGAGAGGGAAAGCUCUCGGUAUUUCUCAUGAACUCCUCCUGAGGACCUCCAAUCCUUACUCUGUUGGGCUCAAAAUCUCCUCCCAAGUAGCAGUGUAUUCUGCCAGUGGAUCCUAAGAUAUCUGAUGUCUUCCUCCAACCAUCUGUGACCCCAGUUAUCACAGAGGCUAACUGCAUGUGACAGUGGCAAAAGCCAUUUCCUGGAGCAUGGGUUGUGCUGGACUUACAUAGGGUAGGCUCAGGGUGAUUGAAACCAGACAAGAAACAAUAUAAGGGAUAGAAAAGACGUGCUGAAUCUUCCUGCCUGCACUUUCCCUACUCCAAAAUACACUUCCCAGGUGCUUUUAAGAGCAGCAGGGCUUGCCUCCAGUCUUUGAGCUCCAUCAGGAGAAAACCAGUUGCAGGGAGAGCAAUACAAGUAAGAAAAGUAGCAGCUGGAGAAGAAUAUAUCACACCCUGCUUGCAUUGCUUGAAAUUAUUCAACGCAUUCCACAGGAAAUUGCUGGUGCCCCAUGUUCUAAAAUAACCGCCUGCUGCUGUCAUGUGCAAGUUCUUGUGACCUAGCAUAAUAUUAUUUUUACAGUGGUAUCUUGGGUUACAUAUGCUUCAGGUUACAUACGCUUCAGGUUACAGACUCCGCUAACCCAGAAAUAGUACCUCGGGUUAAGAACUUUGCUUCAGGAUGAGACAGAAAUCGUGCUCCGGCGGCGCAGCAGCAGCAGGAGGCCCCAUUAGCUAAAGUGGUGCUUCAGGUUAAGAACAGUUUCAGGUUAAGAACGGACCUCCGGAAUGAAUUAAGUACUUAACCUGAGGUACCACUGUAUUAUUAUUAUUAUUGUUGUUGUUGUUGUUGUUGUUGUUAACAUUAACAUUUGUCUGAGAGAGUGAAGUUGGUGUUGUUUCAUCUCUUCAGGUCUUUGUUGAUUUGUUGCCACAAGGGGUUGUAGUUGUGGAGGUAUAAUUUAUUGAGGUUUCUGCUUAUUUGUACCGCUAGUAUCUCAACUUGGUGCGGCAAAGUUUUAUCUUGGUGAUGUUGGCAAAUUCUUUUGGGGUAUGGGGCACACAGCCUCAGACUUUGCAAAGUUUACCUGUAGGCCCGACACCAUUGCAAAUGUGUUGAGUUCUCUGAUUAGGGAGGUUGCUGUGUUUAUGGGGUCCGGUGUUCGACCAUUAGGUCGUCUGCAAAGAGCCCUAAUUUAUCGUAUUAUUGGCAUUUGUAUAUAUCUUUAGCACUUGUGUUACUUUGCUUUAUAAAGGACUCUUAUUUCUUCCAAUGCAGCAUUGUUUGCUAUGGAAAUUAAAGUUGAAAAAGACCUGAAGACUGGAGAAAGCACAGUUUUGUCGACAAUACCACUACCGUCAGAGGAAUUUAAGGGCGCAGGAGUGAAAGUGUACGAUGACGGCAGAAAGUCGGUCUAUGCAGUGUGUUCCAAUGGAAGUGUCACAAACAAGGAAGUAGAUGACCUUGCGCCUGUUGAAGUGGAGGACCUCUUGAGGCAGGCAACGCAGAAACAAUCCAAGUCUCCCACUGAAUAUCAUGAACCAGUAUAUGCAAACCAGUUUUGCAGGCCCACAACUCCCCACAAUGAUAAGUUAGUCCAGGGACCAAAUAGCCAAAAAGGAGCUCUUCAAAACAAGACAAACAGCCUGGACUGUUUUUAUAAGGAACCUGCCUAUAAAAAAGAGCAACCAUUUAAAGAAAAUGGCCUAGAUUCUUCCAAGAGCUAUCGGCACAAUUCUCACUCUCCGGUCCUUCAACGAACACGAAGCCCACCACAGAUUAGCCCCCAAAACAAGAUGGCAACUAACGUUCAAAGAGAAAUUCUACAAGAGGCUGUUGAACCCUAUCAGAAGAUGGGAGAGAACCAACAAGGUAUAAAAUUCAGAAACUCUGUAAGUACCCAUGAAAGGCCUCCUUCAGGAACUCUGGAAAGUGAUGAAGGUUCUAGUUAUAGUGUGGUCCAAGCUGUGCCGUGUUACGUGGAUGAUACCGAACCCGUUACAAUGAUUUUCAUGGGUUACCAGCAUGUGGACGAUGAAGAACUGAAUAAAACUGUCUGUGGGUAUGAUGGACUUAUCCAUGCAGAACUCGUCGUCAUUGACGAUGACGGUGAAGAAGAGGACAGCAAGGAGGAGAGUCGAGCUGGAAAGCCUUUGUAUCAUCCAGUUGGUCCUUCUAGCCAGGUCUACCAGACCUCCAACCAAACAAGUGCAAUUCCACAGACAAACCCCAGCAAAACCACCAGUGACGGUGUAAAUGUGUCGCCUUAUAAAAAUUCCAUAUCGCUCAAGGAGCAAGAAGAAAGUCUAAGCUGUGCUACCUACAAUGGUCAGAUCGAUAGCCGGUUAUCAGGUGAUGGAACAGAGGAUCCCUCCUUAACAGGUAAAAAAAGGGGCAAGUCACGACACUGUUGCACUCUCAUGUGACAGACUGACUACUUCUCUUUCUCCCUUCGUUCCUUCCUUGCUUCCUCUUGGCAUCUCUACACCUCAGAGCUGACUAAUACAGACUAUCUAACCCAUUUCUCCGAUGUUCUAACACUUUCAUUCAAGUGUUAACAAUGUUAACCAUGCUACACUGAAGGACCUAAGUGCACAAUGCAGCCAAAAAAAUUUUUUUAAGCUGCAGAUAGGGCUGGUAUAAAUCAGAUACAGAUCUUUGUACGUCAAGUGCAACUUGGAAACACUGAUUAAAAUGUUAUCUCCUUGUUCCUAUGGCGUGUGAGAAAAAUGGUUGCAUUUCAGUAGUAAAUAAUAGCCUUUCUUCCUAUUCUGCGUCUCCAUUUCUGGAGCUCAGUCAUGCCUCUCUCUGUUCUCCCGACUUUGUACUAUAUAAUGUACCCUGCACCUUAACACAGAAAGGCUGGUUGAACAGGUUUGCUUUACUUUAACCUUGAUUUAACAUUGGCCACUUCACUUGAAAUGUAUUUAUGCAAGUUUUGAUAUCUUUUCUUAGCCUGCUUGAUUUGGAUGUAUGUGGGUUGGUUGGUUGGUUGGCUUGUUUGUUUGUUUUUAAAAAAUAGUAAGUAUGACUAAAAUCCAAUUCUUUUAUCUAACCUCUGUCUGUCUGUCUGUCUUUAAAAUAAAAAGGUGUUACAUUUUCUAACCUGUUUGCAUGAUUACUUUCAUUCUGCUUUCACUCUCCUCCUUGCUAGAAACUUUUUGUAUUCUGUAUGCUUCUUAGAACACAACAGCCUCAAAUCCAAGUACUUCAAACUUCUGGUAAUAGUUCUGUUGGGGGAAUAAAGGACUGGGUUCACCCAGUGUGAACUGCAUCAUAUAGACCUGAUCCCCCAAAGAAGUAAAGCUGAAUUAUUUGGAUUUAUAACAGUUUACAUCUGUUGACUUAAUUUAGGACUAAUCCUGUGAAUAUGCAUGCAGUUGCACAAAGGAGAUCCCACUAACAAAAAUAAUAAAAGUAUAAAGGUAAAGGUAAAGGGACCCCUGACCAUCAGGUCCAGUCGUGACCGACUCUGGGGUUGCGCGCUCAUCUCGCUCUAUAGGCCGAGGGAGCUGGCGUUUGUCCACAGACAGCUUCCGGGUCAUGUGGCCAGCAUGACUAAGCCGCUUCUGGCGAACCAGAGCAGCACACGGAAACGCCGUUUACCUUCCCGCCAGAGCGGUACCUAUUUAUCUACUUGCACUUUGAGGUGCUUUCGAACUGCUAGGUUGGCAGGAGCAGGGAGUGAACAACGGGAGCUCACCCCGUUGCGGGAAUUCGAACCGCCGACCUUCUGAUCGGCAAGUCCUAGGCUCUGUGGUUUAACCCACAGCGCCACUUCAAUAUAAAUGGAUUUAGCACCCAACAGAUUUAUUUCAAUGGGCUUUGAACUUAGGCAGGCCUGCACAUGUAUUGAAGCCUGCCGGUCUGUUUUACAAACUUCCCCCUCUUCGCUCCAUCUUUGUUUUCAAGGCAGUUGACAAAAACAGAACAUUAAUCAAGCCACAGAUGAGCCACCAUACAUGACAUUGUGUUGUGUUAUGGGAUCAUGAGUCCUGCCUGUUUUAUGUCUUCCAGCUUAAAUGGCAUUUACGGAGCCAGCUUUUCGUGAUCUAUCUCUUUGUGUUAAAAUUUUGGAACGCAUUGCAGCACAUUCAGCUCAGGCGCUCACCACCUGCCAAUAGUACCCCUCCAAAUAUGAGUUCCAUAGUAGAAUAAUGGAAUUCAUAUUAAUCUAAGCUAGCCUGGAGCACACUGUUCCCUGACUGCAGAACUUGUCCCGACUGCUGAAGCCAAGUAGUUCUUCUUGCUGCUUUGGUCCUCUUCCCAUGCAUUGUUACUGUGCCUCGCCACAUACGGAGUAAGCAGAGAAUGCUAGGAAAUGAGUAAUUUUCCCAAACAGUCUCCUAAUUAUCCUGCUUGCCCCCCAAAGAAAACAAAGCCAGGAAGACCAGCUGUAGGGCAAGGUAGCAAACAAACAAAGAGCUGCUUGUGAGAAGGGAAUAGAGGCAUUCUCAGAUCUAUUUUAUUUACUUGUUCCUUGUCAAAACCCAUCUUACAAAAAUCCCUGAAGUCAGUGCCACCGUGCCAUGUCAGGGGAAGGCCCAGUAGUCCAGGGAAGCAUUCGUGGAUGCCUUUCGCAUUGGAGGAAGGGAGCGCUUAAAAAUCUAAACAAAAGGGGCAGCCUUUGUAACUGUGUGUGUGUCAGAUAAGAGUUUCGUACCAAGGAAGGAAAACAGGCACAAGUGUCAACAGGCCAGAAUGGAAAUGGUGGCGCCUCCUGCAGUACAGUCCAUGAAGUUUUUAGCCUUGAAACUUUUUCAAACCCAACUCCUUGCACCUGAUUCUGGUUCUAGACUGUGGAGUUUUGAUUUUUUAAUUAAAGUAGAUCCUACAAGGCCCAACGUGUAAUUAGUGAACAAAGGCCGUAUGGAAACAUUUCCUGGCUUAAAAAACACAGCAAGGUCACUCUUUUUCUUGACCUGGAAUGAAGUUGGCCUUAAAAUCCAGUAUUUCAUAAGAAAUGGCAAGAUACAUAUGAAUCUAGCAUUGUGCAUGCAUCACUUCCCAAACCAGUGGCGGGAGCGCAAUGCUUUCAGAGUGAACAGAAUUCUCAACUGAGAAAUUAAAAGGCAUAUUGUUUACUGUCAAGUGUCCAGCAGGUUAGAGGGCAGAUCAAUGACCACUUUGACAGCCAUGCAAGAUAUUUUAGUGCCCAUUCUUCCUUCACCUGCCAUCUAUGCUGUUGUCUCUCUGCACCUUAGUAACUUCUGAUUUUUAACUCUUCUAAAACAAUGCUCUCUUGGACCUAACCAUUUGAGGUAAGUGCAAUUCUCUUUAAAAGUUAGAUUUAGAAGUUGGAUAAUGCAUGGAAUUUGUGACUUUUUUAUUUAUUUAUGUUGCAGCUCUGAGAAUGAGAAUGGCAAAACUGGGCAAAAAAGUCAUUUAGGAGCUGCAGUGGUAUAAAUACUAAGUAUCUGCUGGUGUGAUGUGAAGCAGAAGAAGAGCUUUCUACACUUCGGGCUUUGACGGCUUUCGGCUAUUCGAAAGAAGCAUACAUAAGAAUAAUGGCACCCUGCAGGAAAGUGAAUGGACCGCAAGUUGUGCUUCCAGCUACUCAACCCAAUCCAUAUGAAUUUAACUUCAAGUGCCUUCAGAAAUUUCUGAUAACAAAUGGGACAUUUCUAAUAAAUGCUAUGACUAUGUAAUUGGAAGCUAAGAGCCAGUAUCUUUAACAAGGCUGCACCCAUAAGAGUCCCAUUUAUUGAGUGAGGGUUGGCUGUUUCCUAUUCAGAUCAUUCUCUAAACCCAACCACACAAGCAAGAAUAUAUCUUCCUAUUCUUACCAAUUGUGGAUGGAGUGUCACAGCUCAUGAUUUGUACAUUUCCAUAAAUCACGAGAUCUGAAGUGGGACUAUGACACUUCAGGAUGUUUACUACUACCAAAACCCACCAUCUUCCCUAGAGAUUAUCUCCAUGUGUUCUUUUGGUUCUUGUUAAGGAAACUCCUGGCAAGGUGAACUACAUACUCUAACCAACAGCUUUUGUCAGGCCUCAUUCAUCUCCCACAGGGCGACUAGGGGUGCCGGAAGAUAGAUUUCUACUUCUGACAGUAGCAGGGCCAGUUCUCUGAACUACAAAUAGCCUUGACCUAUGUACAAUCCCACCUGGCCCCACUGUCACCAACCUGCCAGCUGUGGACCAUGGAAAUGGCAAGAGCAGAGACUUUAGAAAGAUAUUUAUAUGGUUAACAGUACUUGCCCAAGUGUGUUUGCAGCUUCAAAAGUGAAGGCAUCAUGCAUAUGUAAAACACCUACUAGAGAUGGAAAGCGCUGCCACUCUCUGCUAAUGCACUCAUGCUCAAUGCAUCCUGCAUUGUGUCAACCCCAUCGCAUUUCCUCAUUCAGAAUUGGGGCGGGGGGAGGUCAAAAGUCUGUUAUGGGGUGGGUGGGAGAGAGACCGACAAGCAGGGUUUAAGGUGGUUUUUUUCCACCAUCUUAUGCUUACAUCCAUCUGUCACUUUUCCACUCCAUAGUUACAGACUCCCACUGACCUAGGAAUAAGCCCCAUUGAAUUCAAUAGGAUUUACUGCUGCAUAGUCAUGGUUAGGAUUGUGCCGUUAGCCACUUCAGAUUAGACAGCGCUUCCCUGCACCACUAUGGUCAUUUUUCCUCCAGCGCCUCUGCUAAACACAUUUUCAGACUGGUAGAGGUCUACAUGGCCAAAGUUCUCAAGAAGUUAAGAAAAAAAUCACAACAAAUCAUGCUCCAGCAUAAGGAUUUGCUAGAAGGAAAGUUCUCUGCUUCAGGUCAUAGCUAUCUGCUGCACAAGAACUCAGCCUGGGCCACAAACAGGACAGAGAACAGAAUGGGCAAGACUUGCUGAUUUGGAGAAUUUCUGGAGACAACAGGCUGAAGAAUGUGUACAAAAAAAUAUUUAAAAUAGUUGAAAUUUUGUUUGGGCAUUGUGCUUUCAAAGCACAGAUUUCUAUUCUGAUAAACAUUGAGAUUUGUGCUUGUGGGCUGUUUCAUUUCUUUGAGUUGGCAAUCAUUUAAACUUAAACCAUGAUUAAACUCCGAGCAAGAGCACCCCACAGUGUCUCAGCAGUAGAAGUGACAGUCCCAGUGGCUCAGCUGUGCAUCCAAGAGUUUUAUAUGAAAAUGCCAAGUGCAGCAAGACUGCAUCUUCCCUACAAACAGGUCAAAGACAAUGAGAGAGAGAGAGAGAGAGAGAAUUUGGCAAGCAGAUUAGCCUGCUGGAAUGCAUAAGUAAUACAUAUAGUUAUGGCGAGAGGCCAGGGGUUCUCUUUAAUUGCCCAUUUCAUUAACUUUCAAACAGUGAUUCAGGGACACCUGAAAAUACAAGUCCAUGUGUGGAUGGCACUUGCCUCUGGACAAACUGAGAUGGCUUCUUCAUAUAAGUAUCAAGAAAAAAGUACACAGAGUACACAAAGCAACUCUUUUAAUUUAUGCAAUUCACACUCUCAUAAUAGGAUAAAAAAAUGAAGCACUGGAAUGUAAUGCACAACUAUAAAAUCAGUGCAGGUGGUCUCACACUUGAUUUGUGCAGGGUGUAGCAGGUAGGGAAAGCAAGGAAAGGGUCAAGGGGACAGGGAGUAAGAAAUCCAGUUAUUUCAAUCCAGUGUGGAAGACAACAUGAACCACAAUGGGUGGAAUCCAAUUGCAUCCUUUUGCCCGUGGGAAGUGCUUUUCAUCUAGCAGCAACCUUUGCAAAUGGAUGAGGACAGAUUAUUUUUGCUCAUCCUGCACCUCUACCUCCCACCGGCAGCAUCUUCCAUGCUAUUCUUGAGGGACCCACACCAUCUAGAGUAGGAAAGUGAUGCAUUGUCAAAAAAUCACCCACCUACCUCUGCUGUUUGCAGUGACAUCCAAUGGAUAAUUGGAUUUCACCCAGAGACUGCAGGUUGACAGUUUUUUUCACACACACACAUAUUUAUAUAUAUAUAUGUGCCAAUCAUUCUUUAAACAAAUGUUGGCACUAGUUCUAGAGAGCUUUCUGGUACAGCUACUAGUUACCUGUUAAAGAAACUCAGAGUGAGGAGAGAGAUGUAAUCUACAAGAACACUGGUUGCUUCAAAGGAGAAAGGGCAGUUAGAUCUCCACCAGAGCUGUUUCCCCCCCACCCUUAACACCAUAUAGUCUUCCAACAGAGCUACAAAUCCAAGACGUUUGUGUCAAACACAAUCCUUGGGAUUUCUGAUGCCUGAAGUAAGUUGUUCCAAAUGACAUCUGGCCCCUAACUGGCUUCCAUUCUCGAUCCCUCUCGACUCACAAAAUUGUUUCCAAAUAUAACUGCUGGAAUCCCUAUGGAUGAGGCAUCCUUAAAAACUAAUACCUUGCAGUCUGUAAUCCAGCCUUUAGUGGUAGACCAUUAUUCUUCAUCACACUGAGACAAUGACUAUCUGCAUCCAUCCUCAGGUUAGAAGCAGGCUGGGGAGAGGGAUGUGUAGACCUUUAACCAUCCUCUAGCUAGCCUAUAGAUAGACCAUGAGCAUAUGGAGCUCCUAUGUCAUAAUGGUGGUGGUUGCAGGUGGAGACUAGCUAGGAAUAACAUGAACACGUUGACCUAUUAGAUGGACGGACGGACAGCUGAUCAAGUGCAAUGGCAGGCAGUCCAUUUCAAAUCAAUGGCAACCCUGGAACAAGAAAGGCCAACUUCUCAAAUGGAAGCUCUCCCUUGAGUCUUGAAGUGACCGAUGAAUCUACAGGAUCCAGAUAGACAAAUGUUGAAGGGAGGCGUUUAGUCAUGCUGGAGACCAAGGCAGUUCUGACCAGGCUGGGACAACGUAUUUGCCAAGAAAAGUCUAAUUCUGCCCUGCAACGGCUGUAUAACGAAGACCAGGUUUCUUAAAUCCCAAAUUGGCAGUGUUUACGUUACAGAUCGUCCUUCUGCUAUGAACUUCAGCAAGACACGUCUCCAACAGUUCUAUUGCAAGCUCUUAGGAGUAUUAAAGGCUUCUUCUUUGUCAUACUUUUAUAAUUGCUGUCAGGAAGGUGAUGAGAAAUGCCACAUUGCCACUAAUGUAGAUGAACAGCACUGUCUUUUUAAAUGUAUGCCCCUGUAAAGAGAGAAAGGGAAACACUGGGAAUGCAACCAUUUGUGAAAAUGCUGAGUCAGUUCAGAAAAAAAGGCAUGUGCCUACCAGUCUAGCCUUCUCCAGCAUGGUGCCCUGGCAAAAAUAAGGAGUGGAGAUGAUAUACGGCAGUUAUGUGAAAACCAUAGCUGUCAACGUUUCCCUUUUCUUAAGGAAAAUUCCCUUAUUCCAAAUAGGAUUCCUCACAAGAAAAGGAAAAAGUUGACAGCUAUGGUGAAAACUCUGGCCCAUCAGAUGCCAACUUCCAUCAGCCUUAGCCAGCAAAGCCAAUGGUCAGGUGUAGGGGUAGACAACAUUUCCAGUUGUCUCAGUUUCUCAUUUUUCCACUCUAAAAUUGUGCCUAUUUGGCAGAAAUUUGAUUUUUUAUAUAUACAUAUUUUUAAAACCCUCAUGAAAAUUUAUCAAAAUCUUAGUAGGACUUUCUCCUAAUAAACACAUUUUUAUAUG